AUGGAAAAAACUGUGAUACACAUCAUCCUCUUUGGAGUCAUUGCAGGUAAGUUAUCACUUCACAUUUCAGCACAUACAUUAAAAUUUUAUUCCUGCUGUGUUCAUCCAGGAAGGUGUUGCAGACGAAUGUGCAAAUUUUUUAUUAAAAAUGACUCAGAUAUAUUUUGGAUAAAACAUCCAUUUCAAUUAUAAAUUGUAAUAAACAUUUAAGGCAGCAAGUAGAGAUUGGCCAACACUGAAAGGACUUAAAAAAUUAAAUUAAGUUUUAUUUUUUAUUUCACUAAACAAAUUUUCAUUGUAUUCAUUUUAAUUCAACAGCAUGUUAUCUUUGUAGAAAUCAUCGAAUAAAAAUUUGAUCACAACAUGAAAACAUCGACAAACUGAAAUACUGUUGACUUCCUUCAUUCAUCACACCUGUUUCUGUGUUUAAAUGCCUUCAGCAGAGAUCUCCUCAGGCCUGUUUUUGUCUCUUCUAGGUGUAACCCAUGGAGUUAGUAUAUUACCAGACAGUCUGGAUGCAGCUGUUGGGGGGAAAGUGGAUUUCACCACAACACUGAGUCCAACAGAAAUCCCAUUCAUAAACAUUGGCUGGAAGUUUGGUGAUGAAAAUAUAAUCACUUCAAAUGUUAUUAACGUCACUGAGCCAGAUUAUGAGGGCAGGAUCACCCUCUUCCCCUCUACUGGAUCUCUGGAGCUCAGGAAUCUAACAGUUAAUGAUAGCGGAGAAUACACAGUUAGGAUUACGGAGGCUGGAUCGAAUGAGCCUGAGGGCACAACAAGACUACAUGUUCAUGGUGAGCAAAUGUUUCACAUGUAUCCUUCAAAAAAUAAAUCAGUGAUUAUACACAGCAAAUGAUUAAGAAAUAGAUUUCUUGUUAAACUAUCAAGAGGUUUCAUUUAUGGUCUCUAUUUAGAUUGAUAACAUGCAAGCUUAAAAAUAACUCAGAAUCUAAAGACAAGUGCAGAUUUUUUUUCUUUUGAUGGUGAAAGGUUUUUGUUUUUUUGGCUAAAACUGUUGAUCAGAUCUGAUGAAACAACACCCUCAAAAUGUCUUGAUGAUCCAUUUCUGUGGGGCCCUAAAUUGUUAAAACCCUGAUGAGGACCUUUAAGUGUAAGGUCAAACAUUUCUGAUAUAUGUUCAAUGUUAAAUCAGUUCAAUUUUAAAAGCAAUAGACUAUACUGUUUUAAUUAAACUCUUCUAAAUCCACAAAUAUUUUCUUUUUUUAACAAAAGGGUUAAAAAAAGUAUUGAGUUAAAGUCAACACAAACAUUUUAGAUUUCUGUCUCAGACCAGCUGACUGAAGAUAUAAAGGCACAGUAAAAUGAUACACAGACUCCAGUGUAAAGAUAUCACAAUGACAUGUGGCUCCAACCUCAAACAUUUGUGGUCAAACUAAUGUUUCACAAAUCGAGAAACACUGACAUACUUUAAGUGCAUCACCAUGAAAACUUUAGGCUGAGUUCUUACUGACUAUGGUAGUUCAAAGCUUUCGGUCAGAUAAUAUCAAAGAAGUUUUGUUCUCAUAUUUAGUUAAAAAAAUAAAUAGAUAAAAAUAAAAACCAUUUUCUUUCUCACAGUGCCAAUCACUGAUGUUAAAGUCAGUGCCAGCAGCACAGACCUAGUGGAGGGUAGCUCAGUGCGUCUCUCCUGCUCCGUCACCUCUGGAUCCUCCCUCUCUUUUCUCUGGAUGAACGGCUCCUCUGUGGUCACAGCUGGUGACAGAGUCCAGUUCACUGAUGAAGGCUCCGCUCUCACCAUUACUCCUGUGAUCCGCUAUGAUCAGGGGAAUUAUAGUUGUUAUGUGUCCAAUCCUGUCAGUGAGGACACCAGUGAUCCAGUUCCCCUCUCUGUGAGCUGUGAGUGUCUUACCUUCAUAUCCAGAACUUUAUCUGAAUCCCUCUGAUUGGAAACAUCAUCUUUAAAUAAUCUGUAAAUCAUUUUACUGUUGUUUCCCCCAUCACUAGACGGCCCUGAAAAUACAAAACUAAACUUAUCUUCACCUCAACACUUUGAGGCUGGAUCAGACAUCAGCCUGUUCUGCUCAGCUGACUCCAGACCUAAAGCUCACUUUAACUGGUUUCUGAAUGGAGACCAGCUGCCUGGUACUGGAGAAGAGCUGAAGCUGACCAACAUUCAGGAGAGACAGAGUGGAAACUACAGCUGCCGGUCCUUUAAUAACAAAACUCUGAGAAGUGACACAUCGAUGCUGUUAUCAGUGUCUGUGCUGGGUGAGUUUAAAGACUAGCUUUGUUUAAAAAAAGGCAAAUGGAUGAAAUUUAACCUUGAUUCAAAUGUAAAAAGGAUGCACUAAAAUCUGUGGAACAUAAAGACAUUAACACUGGCAUGAGACUGUAUUUUUUUGCUCACAGGGACAACUGAGAGGUCUCAGAUUAAAAAUGAUUGGGGUUAUCAAACACUUAACUUUUUUGUCACUGUUACUGUCGUUAAAUAGAAUAAACAUCUAAAUACACAUAAAUUUGUUCAACUAAAAAUAUAUCCAUAUUGACAGAUUGGACAUUGGUCAUUUUAUAAAAUGAAGUCCAUGUCCUGAUCUGGUUUCUCUUUUGUUCAACAGGAGAAGGUCAAACACAGUGUCAGUCUUUGUAUAAGUCAAAGGGUGGGAUCAGACUAUGUGGUGGAGACAAUAGCAGAGCUAAAAGUAGAGAUGAUAAUGUAUUUCAAAUCACCAGUCCAUCUCCUAGACAAUUAAGUUUUCUAUACUGUGUCUUAAAGAUAUUUUGUUCAAUGACUUUACAGAGUGUCAGAAAGUAAACAAACAUCAUAUCAGCAUGAUUUCACUGAGGACAUAUUUCCAGUGACAAGACCUGACAAGAAAAUAGUAUCAGUGGUUACAUUCUGCAGAAAAAGUCAGCAGCCAAUUGUAAAAAUAAAUAAAUAAAAUAGUCAUUUUAGGUAAAACCACAUCUUUCCCUCUAAUUCAUCAAAGUGUUUCAGCAGACCACACAGAUCCACAGACAAUAGUUUGACCACAAAACUCUUGUGUGAACUUUUGUGAAUUUGGACACGGCAGCAUUUAGGGAUAGCUACAAAAGAAAAUGAUCAAAAACAGGCUUGAUAUACCUGAUAGACAGAAACAUUCCUCCAAAUUUACUGCAGGUUUAAGGGUUUCAUUAAACUUAAGGUAAAAAUCUUGAAAUGAUCAAAUCAAAUCAAGUGGUAAUCACAGGAAAAGUGAUUUUUUUUUACUUUUCAUUAAAUGUUUGAAUGGACUCUUUAAGAAUAAGAUGCUUUCAUAAUCUUUCCUUCAACAGAGAGAAUCUCAGAGGCUUCAGUCAAACCAUCAACAAACCAGCCUAUUGAGGGGAACUUAGUCAACUUAACCUGUGAUGCUGCUGGAUCUGUGUUAACCAGAGAGUGGAUGAAGGACGGAUCAGAUCUGACUCAAGCUGACAACAUCAAGUUUUACGACAACAACAGAGUGCUGUCCUUUCAACCACUGAUGAGAAAAAACGAAGGAGUGUAUUCCUGCAAAAUCAGCAACCCCAUCAAUUCCAUGGUAGCUAAAUACAACUUAGUUGUGAUCUGUAAGUAAACUGUACAGAGAAUGUUUCCUCUUCAAUAUAAUCAGCCCUGUUAUAAAAAUGCACUUCCUUAACACUGAUUGUUUGCUCAAAAGCCAAAAUAGUCAAUCUUUACGUGAACUGUUUAUUUUUUCAGAUGGACCAGAUACUGUUCAAAUCAAAGGUAACAGUCUGGUCCAUUUCGGAGGGACCACUGAAUUAACCUGCACUGCUGAGUCUGAACCAUCUGCUAGCUUCACCUGGUUACUGAAUGGGAGGGUGAUACACUCUUCUGCUGUGUACACUAAAAAUGAUGCUGAAGCCUCUGACAGUGGAAACUACACCUGUCAAGCAAAGAAUGACAUGACUGGGAGAUCUUUGUCUGCGGUGCUUGAAUUGACUGUCACAGGUGAGAAGAUGAACAUUUGAAGAAUGGUUGACACCUGGAAGAUUUUUCUUUUACAUCCAGUUUAUCAAAUGACAUGAGGCUGAUUUACUGUCAGGUCUUGACACAGCAAUCAAAAGUUCUCUUUACUGGCCCCAAAAUAGUCAAAUUAGCUUUAGACGGAGUGUUUGAGAGUUUGUGACUCUAAAAAGUCAGCUUAAACAAGAAGUAUCACGAUCAAUGUAAGAGAAACAAAGUUGAUGUGGUUUUUAUUUUAAGUAUUCUUCUACUUUACUAGACUGAGACUUGUAGUUUUUAGCUUCACUGAGGACUGCAGUAACAUCACUAAAGACCAUUCAUAGGAUCUGAUCCAACACUCUCAAGCCUCAGAGGGUUUCACCUCAGCAGCACCCCCAAGAAAGUGAAUAAAAGUGACAGUGAGUUUUUCUUUAGACCGAAUAUUAAACUCAUGACAACAUUUCUGCUUCAGGAACAGGUCAGCUGCUGAAAUGUUUUCCAACAUCAAGGCCUAACCUUGAACACAUACAAAAGUAUCUAUAACUAUAACAGCUGUGAAAACAAGUAAUAGAAGAAAUUACUACAUAGUUUGUAUGCACAGGUUUAAUGACACAGCUCUUAUUCACAUUUUAGUUUCAUAACUAUUUAAUUUUUUUUCCCUGUCUCAUAUCAGCCCUCCCAGACCCAACACCCCCCUGUGGGCCUGGUUGUAUCGCUGGAAUAGUAAUCACAUGUCUUGUAGUCAUUGGAGCAGCUUGCGGUGUCGGGUUCUACUUUUACAAGAAAAAGUAAGUAAAAAGUAGCUUUCAUACAAUAUCAUGAUUAAUUUGCUAAAAUCAUGUCUAUCUAAUGUCUAAGGGACACUUGAAUGACUCAUUAUUUCAUCUCUGAGCAGAAAAAUCCAGAAAACGUCCUUUCCCAGUAUAGGUAAGUGUGUUAUACAUGAAGGUGUUUGUUGUUUCAUUUUGCACAUAUUCAUACACUCUGUGUUAUAUUUGAGUCACCAAACCUCAAGUCUGAGUUUGGUCUCAGGUGAUCAAUAAAGACUUCCAGUCGAGUUUAAGGGACUCCCCAACACUUGAGCCUGGGUUGAGUUUGGACCUAUUGAAACAACAAUAUUAGCUUCCGCUGAUCCUGUCAGCGUGUCUGGAGAUUGAAAUCAUAAAUGAAGUUACAGCUCAGUAAAAGUGAGUUGGAUAUGGCUACAGACUUAGGGCUUUGUGUCUUCCUGUCUCAUGCCUGGGUGUGUACAACAGUAAGUUCACAGGGACAAACAUGAAUUCGGGUUGACAUUUUUUCACAUUAGUACAGACACUGGGAUGAUUGCAUGAGUGAGCUGAUUUACGGCACACAAAGGUUAAUGAGUCAUUUCUAUUAUGGCAUUGUCUGUGACUUCUCACCUAAAUUUAAAUGAGUCGUCUUGCAGCACUUCUGCUUUCUCCAGUAGCAAUUUUUAGGUCUAUUGUACAACACUAACUCAUGACCUUAUGAAGCUUUUGAAAAAAUGACUGAGAGGAUAGAUUAAUGUGGUCUCCUCUACAUGAUUAACAAAACUCCAUUUCAAAGUACCAAAAAAAGUGCUCAAAGCCCCGCCCCUUCUCUCUUCUCAUUGGUAGUUGAUAGUUGCAAGAAGUGACAUUGAAAAGCAUGGCAGCAGUGUUCCAAAAGUCAAACCAUUUUCAACUGAGUGCUUACCCACUUAGGCGAUCACAACUUUAACAAAAGUUUGUUUUUCUUACAGUGCAACUGCAACAACCACAGAGAGAAGAACCCGUUUAUGAGAACGAAAAUAUGAAAGUAUAUGAAAACAUAUAGACUCAACGUUUUCACCCAGGAAGAUUUUUUUUUCUUCUUUACACCAGAUAAAAUUUUAAAUACUGGUAAAUGAAAUCACGAUCUAAUGCAGUUACAAAAUAACAGAGAAAGUAAAGCAACUAAGUAAAACAUUUCAAGAUGUUUUCCUGAUAAAACUAAAGGGGCAAAUGUGUUUGAAUUUAAGUGUUUAAUGUUGUUACCAUGUUUGUGAAUGUAGCAUUAUUUUCAGUGUUGCAAUGGAAUGAAGGCAUGGAAGUAAUGUAUAACUGAAUAUAAAUAUAUGUGUAUAUAUAUAUAUAUAUAUAUAUAUAUAUAUAUAUAUAUAUGUUAGUUUUUAGAAGAUGCAGAAUCAUCUAGAAAUAUUCUCUUCUUCAUGUGAUUCUCACAGCGACUGUAUACAGAAAUGUGUUGAGAUGAAAUUAUGAAAUUCUGGCACCUGUGGUAAGGUAUGUUGUUUGUUUUGUACACUUUUUAAAGGUUUAAUAUAUGGCAUUGUUAGAGGAAUAGAAUAUAAGAUUAAGAACGCUUAGGCAAAGCCUUGUCGAAUUUAAAGAUGUGGUUUCGCACGUCACUUUUGUUUUUGUUGUUGUUGAUGUUAUUAUUAUAAUUAUUAUCAUAAUGCUGUCAGGGUUAAGGUUAGUAUAUAACUGGUUUGACCUUCAGUACAGUGUUUAAAAACAAAAAAAAAAAAAAAACUCACAAAUUAACUCCAACUGUUUCACAAAUCACCAAAUGUAUGUAAAUAUUUUAGUCUACACAGGUAGGAGCAAAGGGACAACAGGUUGUUUAGAUUUUAUACAACUGUAUGACAAAAGAAGCAAUAAAAUGAGUCACCAUGGUUGUGAACCGUUUGUUUCAUCAGUGAUUACCGAAAAGUGUUCUUUAUGUUGUCUCGCCAUCUGUUGAGUUCAUCAAAACAUACAAAAAUAAUCUUUGGAUAGAUAAAAUGCAAAAAAAAAGGCCAUGUGCUGCCCUCUUAUGGUACAACAUAUUAUGACAGCCAGAGGGAUCUGUCACAUUGAAAAGAUCUAUCUAUCUAUCUAUCUAUCUAUCUAUCUAUCUAUCUAUCUAUCUAUCUAUCUAUCUAUCUAUCUAUCUAUCUAUCUAUCUAUCUAUCUAUCUAUCUAUCUAUCUAUCUAUCUAUCUAUCCAUCCAUCCAUCCAUCCAUCCAGGAACUCAGCCUAAAGUUUUCAUGGUGAUGCACAUAAAGUAUGUCAGUGUUUCUCUAUCUGUGAAACAUUAGUUUGGCCACAAAUCUUUCAGGUUUGAACCACAUGUCACUGUGAUAUCUUUACACUUGAGUCUGUUUUUCAUUUUAUUGUACUUUAAUAUCUUUAGUCAUCUGGUCUAAGACAGAAAUUUGAAACGUUUGUGUUGACUUUGACUUGAGAUUUUUUCCAACUUUUUUUUAAAGAAGAAAAUAUUUGUGGAUUUAGAAGAGUUUAAUUUAAACUGGUUAGUCUAUUACUUUAAAAAUGGAACAGAUUUAUUAUUGAACAUAUAUUAGAAAUGUUUGACCUUACACUUAAAGGUCCUCAUCAGGGUUUUAACAAUUUAGAGCCCCACAGAAAUAGUUUAUUAACAUUUUGAGGGUGUUGUUUCAUCAGAUCUGAUCAACAGUUUUAGCCAAAAAAAAAAAAAAACCUUCCCAAUCAAAACAAUAAAAACUCUACAUUUGUCUUUAGAUUCUGAGUUAUUUUCAAGAUUGCAAGUUUAUGUUAAGACCCUAAAUGAAACCCCUUACAAGUUUAAUAUUAUAUAUUUCUCAGUCAUUUGCUGUGUAUAAUCACUGAUUUUUCUGUGAAAGAUACAUGUGAAACAUUUGCUCACCAUGAACUCGUAGUCUUGUUGUGCCCUCAGGCUCAUUCACUCCAGACGUUACAAUCCUAACUGUGUAAUUUCCGCUAUCAUCAACUCUCAGAUUCCUGAGCUCCAGAGAUCCAGUAGAGGUGAAGAGGGUGAUCCUGUUCUCAUAAUCUGGCUCAGUGAUGUUAUUAACAUUUGAGAUGAUUGUAAGUUUCUCACCAAACUUCCAGCGAAUGUUUAUGAAUGGGAUUACUGUUGGAUUCAGUGUUGUGGUGAAAUCCACUUUCCCCCCCAACAGCUGCAUCCAGACUGUCUGGUAAUAUACCAACUCCAUGGGUUACACCUAGAAGAGACAAAAACAGGUCUGAGAAGAUCUCUGCUGAAGGCAUUAAAACACAAAAUAUCCAGUUUGACUCUAUUUCAUAGCAGAGAGCGUUAUCAUUGUUGGACUGACUGUCUAUAAACUGAUGGCUGGAAACUGUUUUUUUUUUGUUGUUGUUGUUGUUGUUUUUUUCCCUGGUUGCCAUAUUGUAAGUCAAAGUGAGACAAAAUUCAAAUGUAGAUCAAAACAGGCAAGAAACAAAAACAAUGAUCCACUAAUGUUAGUAAGAAUUUUAAAGAGUCAAAUUCUUAACCAAAUUGUGAUAUUUACACAUACUCCUACAUUUACCAUGCUACUAAAUCACAUUACAUUAGACUCAUCCUUUGUCUUGACAAUUGUCGUUGUUUCUGUCAGCCAACUUCAAUGUAUGAUGGGCUUUAAUAUUAGCUUUUCUUUUUUUUUUUUAAACAACUGUCUUAAUGUAGAAAAUGUAAAAAAGCGACCACAGCAGACAUUACUAUGAAGUUACAACUUACCUGUAAACGCCACAGAGAUGAUGAAGAGUAAAAGUACAUUAUCCAUUGAGUUAUCUUUGUGAGAUACAAGCAGCCGAGAGAGCUCAACCAUCAAACUGACAGCAAAUAACUGUGAGAGUCUGGUAGACACAGGUUUAAGAGUCUGCUCCUGUCUGACCGUGUUAAAGGGUGAGAGGGAAACGCCCUGAAGCUGCUGUCAGACGGCGGCCUCUAGUGGGCAAACCAGAAGAUUAUAUAAAAGUGAUCACGAACCAUAAAACUGACAGACAGGAAUUAUUACUGUAAACAGUUCUGUGGGUAAAAUGAAAGGACCUAAAAAUGAAGGUUUCCUAGAAAAGAAUCAUUUUUAUGUGUAUUAUUUUCUCACAGAGAAAACAACACCUACUGGACCUACUGCAAUGUGGACUUAUGCCAAGUCUCCACAGAGUGAGCUGGUGCCACUCGGUGAUGAAGAUAAAUGAAAAUCACCAAUAACGAUGAAGUCCCUGAUUCAAGUGUUUUGAGUCCAUUGUUGAAGAAUCUAGUCUAGUGGUUGUUAUGAUUAAACUCUAAAAAUAUAAUUGCGAUUAAUUUCAUAUAUCGUCAGCUCAGCAGAGGAAGGGAUUGAAGUUGCUCAUAGUUUGUUCUGUGGACUAUAAUCAUCAUAUUUUAUCAAUGAUUAACAAAGGGACUUAGCAGCAGGUACACACAACCCUGAUAAGACAUUACAUUUGAUACUGGACAUUUACAGGACAAACCACCCUCAUCUUCCUCAUAUUAUUUGAUUCUUUAGAUGAAAUGGAAAAAACUGUGAUACACAUCAUCCUCUUUGGAGUCAUUGCAGGUAAGUUAUCACCUCACACUUCAGCACAUACAUUAAAAUUUUAUUCCUGCUGUGUUCUUCCAGGAAGGUGUUGCAGACGGUUGUGCAAAUUUUUCAUGUAUAAAUGACACAGAUAUAUUUUGUUCCUGGAAAUGACUUUGGAUAAAACAUCCAUUUCAAUUAUAUAUUUUGUAAAUGAUAUGAAUGAAAAAUAAAUAUGCAAGGCAGCAAGUAGAGAUUUAGCCAACACUGAAAUGACUUAAAAAACUAAAUUAACUUAAAUUUAAAUUUUUUAUUUUACAAAACAAAUUUCCUAUUGUUCACUCAAAACAAAUGCUUUUAAUAACAAAUAUUUUUACUAAUUCAAGAACAUGGUUUUCCUCAAUCCUCGUUGAAAUCACUGAAUAAAAAUUUGAUCAAAUCAUAAAAACAUCGACAAACUGAAAUACUAUUGACUUCCUUCAAAGAGCAUUCAUCACACCUGUUUGUGUGUUUAAAUGCCUUCAGCAGAGAUCUUCUCAGACCUGUUUUUGUCUCUUCUAGGUGUAACCUAUGGAGUUGGUAUAUUACCAGACAGUCUGGAUGCAGCUGUUGGGGAGAAAGUGGAUUUCACCACAACACUGAGCCCAACAGAAAUCCCAUUCAUAAACAUUCGCUGGGUGUUUGGUGAGAAACCUAUAAUCACUUCAAAUACUAUGAACUUCACUGGGGGAGGAUAUGAGGACAGGAUCACCCUCUUCCCCUCUACUGGAUCUCUGGAGCUCAGAAAUCUGAGAGUUGAUGAUAGCGGAGAAUACACAGUUAGGAUUUUAAAGGAUGGAGUGAAUGAGCCUACGGGCACAACAAAACUACGAGUUCAUGGUGAGCAAAUGUUUCACAUGUAUCUUUCAAAGUAUAAAUCAGUGAUUAUACACAGCAAAUGAUUAAGAAAUAUACUAUGUGUUAAACUAUCAAGGGGAUCUAUUUAGGAUUUUUAACAUAAACUUGCAAGCUAUAAAUUAACUCAGAAUCAAAGGACAGAUGUAAAGUUUUUAUCCUUUGAUUGGGAAGGUUUUUUUUGGCUCAAAUUGCUGAUCAAAAUGUUUUAAUGACCUAUUUCUGUGGGGCCCUAAAUUGUUAAAACCCUGGUGAGGACCUUUAAGUGUGAGGUCAAACAUUUCUAAUAUAUGUUCAAUGUUAAAUCAGUUCCCUUUUAAAAGCAAUAGACUAUACAGUUUUAAUUAAACUCUUGUAAAUCCACAAAUAUUUUCUUCUUUAACAAAAAGGUUGAAAAAAAUCUCAACAAAGUCAACACAAAAGUUUCAAAUUUCUGUCUCAGACCAGAUGACUAAAGAUAUGAAGACACAGUAAAACAGAUCGAGAAUACACUGACAUACUUUAAGUGCAUCACCAUGAAAACUUUAGGCUGAGUUCUUACUGACUGUGGUAGUUCAAAGCUUUCGGUCAGAUAAUAUCAAAGAAGUUUUGUUCUCAUAUUUAGUUAAAAAAAUAAAUAAAUAAAAAUAAAAACAUUUUCUUUCUCACAGUGCCAAUCACUGAUGUUAAAGUCAGUGCCAGCAGCACAGACUUAGCGGAGGGUAGCUCGGUGCGUCUCUCCUGCUCCGUCACCUCUGGAUCCUCCCUCUCUUUUCUCUGGAUGAACGGCUCCUCUGAGUCCAGUUCACUGAUGAAGGCUCCACUCUCACCAUUUCUCCUGUGAUCCGCUAUGAUCAGAGGAAUUAUAGAUGUUAUGUGUCCAACUCUGUCAGUAAUGACACCAGUGAUCCCGUUUACCUCUUUGUGAGCUGUGAGUGUCUUACCUUCAUAUCCAGAACUUUAUCUGAAUCCCUCUGAUUGGAAACGUCAUCUUUAAAUAAUCUUUAAAUCCUUUACUGUUGUUUUCCCCCAUCACUAGACGGCCCUGAAAAUACUAAACUAAACUUAUCUUCACCUCAACGCUUUGAGGCUGGAUCAGACAUCAGCCUGUUCUGCUCAGCUGACUCCAGACCUAAAGCUCACUUUAACUGGUUUCUGAAUGGAGACCAGCUGCCUGGUACUGGAGAAGAGCUGAAGCUGACCAACAUUCAGGAGAGACAGAGUGGAAACUACAGCUGCCAGUCCUUUAAUAACAAAACUCUGAGAAGUGACACAUCGAUGCUGUUAUCAGUGUCUGUGCUGGGUGAGUUUAAAGACUAGCUUUGUUUAAAAAAAGGCAAAUGAAUCAAAUUUAACUGUGAUUCAAAUGUAAAAAGGAUGCACUAAAAUCUGUGGAACAUAAAGACAUUAACACUGGCAUGAGACUGUAUUUUUUUUUGCUCACAGGGACAACUGAGAGGUCUCAGAUUUAAAAUGAUUUGGUUAUCAAACACAUGACUUUUUUGAGUGCUCGGCGGAAAAUUUCACUGUUACUGUCGUUAAAUAGAAUAAACAUCUAAAUACACAUAAAUUUGUUCAACUAAAAAUAUAUCCAUAUUGACAGAUUGGACAUUGGUCAUUUUAUAAAAUGAAGUCCAUGUCCUGAUCUGGUUUCUCUUUUGUUCAACAGGAGAAGGUCAAACACAGUGUCAGUCUUUGUAUAAGUCAAAGGGUGGGAUCAGACUAUGUGGUGGAGACAAUAACAGAGCUAAAAGCAGAGAUGAUAAUGUAUUUCAAAUCACCAGUCCUUCUCCUAGAAAAUUAAGUUUUCUAUACUGUGUCUUAAAGAUAUUUUGCAGAUUGUCAGAAAGUAAACAAACAUCAUAUCAGCAUGAUUUCACUGAGGACAUAUUUCCAGUGACAAGACAUGACAAGAGAAUAGUAUCAGUGGUUACAUUCUGCAGAAAAAGUCAGCAGCCAAUUGUAAAAAUAAAUAAAUAAAUAAAUAAAUAAAAUAGACAUUUUAGGUAAAACCACAUCUUUCCCUCUUAUUCAUCAAAGUGUUUUAGCAGACCACACAGAUCCACAGACAAUAGUUUGACCACAAAAUUCUUGUGUGAACUUUUGUGAAUUCGGACACAGCAGCAUUUAGGGAUAGCUACAAAAGAAAAUGAUCAAAAACAGGCUUGAUAUACCUGAUAGAAAGAAACAUUCCUCCAAAUUUACUGCAGGUUUAAGGGUUUCAUUAAACUUGAGGUAAAACUCUUGCAAUGAUCAAAUCAAAUCAAGUGGUAAUCACAGGAAAAGAGUAAAAUGUUUGAAUCAACUCUUUAAGAAUAAGAUGCUUUCAUAAUCUUUCCUUCAACAGAGAGAAUCUCAGAGGCUUCAGUCAAACCAUCAACAAACCAGCCUAUUGAGGGGAACUCAGUCAACUUAACCUGUGAUGCUGCUGGAUCUGUGUUAACCAGAGAGUGGAUGAAGGACGGAUCAGAUCUGACUCAAGCUGACAACAUCAAGUUUUACGACAACAACAGAGUGCUGUCCUUUCAACCACUGAUGAGAAAAAACAAAGGAGAGUAUUCCUGCAAAAUCAGCAACCCCAUCAGUUUCAUGAAAGCUAAAUACAACUUAGUUGUGAUCUGUAAGUAAACUGUACAGAGAACAUUUCCUCUUCAAUAUAAUCAGCCCUGUUAUAAAAAAGCACUUCCUUAACACUGAUUGUUUGGUUAAAAGCCAAAAUAGUCAAUCUUUACAUGAACUGUUUAUUUUUUCAGAUGGACCAGAUAUUGUUCAAAUCAAUGCAAAUCUUCCCAAUUUCGGAGAAACCAUCGAAUUACGCUGCACUGCUGAGUCUGAACCAUCUGCUAGCUUCACCUGGUUACUGAAUGGGAGAGUGAUACACUCUUCUGCUGUGUACACUAUAAAUGAUGCUGAAGCCUCUGACAGUGGAAACUACACCUGUCAAGCAAAGAAUUACAUAACUGGGAGAUCUUCGUCUGUGGUGCUUGAAUUGACUGUCACAGGUGAGAAGAUGAACAUUUGAAGAAUGGUAGACACCUGGAAGAUUUUUCUUUUACAUCCAGUUUAUCAAAUGACAUGAGGCUGAUUUACUGUCAGGUCUUUACACAGCAAUCAAAAGUUCUCUUUACUGGCCCUGAAAUAGUCAAACUCUCUUUAGACAGAGUGUUUGAGAGUUUGUGACUCCAAAAAGUCAGCUUAAACAAGAAGUAUCAUGAUCAAUGUAAGAGAAACAAAGUUGACGUGGUUUUUAUUUUAAGUAUUCUUCUACUUUACUAGACUGAGACUUGUAGUUUUUAGCUUCAAUGAUGACUGCAGUAACAUCACUAAAGACCAUUCAUAGGAUCUGAUCCAACACUCAAGCCUCAGAGGGUUUCACCUCAGCAAGAUAGUGAACAAAUUCAUGAUCUGUGAAAUCUUUGGAGUUUUCCUUUAGUUUAGUUCUUUAGUACCAAGUAUUUAACUCAUGACAACAUUUCUGCUUCAGGAACAGGUCAGCUGCUGAAAUGUUUUCCAACAUCAAGGCCUAACCUUGAACACAAACAAAAGUAUCUAUAACUGCUCAGCUGUGGAAACAAGUAAUGGAAGAAAUCACUGCAUAGUUUGUAUGCACAGGUUUAAUGACACAGCUCUUAUUCACAUUAUAGUUUAAUAACUAUUUUAUUUUUUCUCCCUUUCUCAUAUCAGCCCUCCCAGACCCAACACCACCUCCACCAAACCCCUGUGGGCCUGGUUGUAUUGUUGGAAUAGUAAUCGCAUGUCUUGUAGUCAUUGGAGCAGCCUGUGGUGUCGGGUUCUACUUUUACAAGAAAAAGUAAGUAAAAAGUAGCUUUCAUACAAUAUCAUGAUUAAUUUGCUAAAAUCAUGUCUAUCUAAUGUCUAAGGUACACAUGUAUGACUCAUUAUUUCAUCUCUGAGCAGAAAAAUCCAGAAAACGUCCUUUCCCAGUGCAGGUAAGUGUGUUAUACAUGAAGGUGUUUGUUGUUUCAUUUUGCACAUAUUCAUACACUCUAUGUUAUAUUUGAGUCACCAAACCUCAAGUCUGAGUUUGGUCUCAGGUGAUCAAUAAAGACUUCCAGUCGAGUUUAAGGGACUCCCCAACACUUGAGCCUGGGUUGAGUUUGGACCUAUUGGAACAACAAUAUUAGCUUCUGCUGAUCCUGUCAGCGUGUCUGGAGAUUGAAAUUAUAAAUGAAGUUACAGCUCAGUAAAAGUGAGUUAGAUAUGGCUACAGACUUAGGGCUUUGUGUCUUCCUGUCUCAUGUCUGGGUGUGUACGACAGUAAGUUCAGAGGUACAAACACGAAUUUUGGUUGACAUUUUUUCACAUAAGUACAGACAUUGAGUGGAUUGCAUGAGUGAGCUGAUUUGUGGUACAUAAAGGUUAAUGAGUCGUUUCUAUUAUGGCAUUGUCUGUGACUUCUCACCUGAAUUUAAAUGAGUCAUCUUGCAGCACUUCUGCUUUCCCCAGUAGCAAUUUUUAGGUCUAUUGUACAACACUAACUCAUGACCUUAUGAAGCUUUUGAAAAAAAUGACUGAGAGGAUAGAUUAAUGUGGUCUCCUCUACAUGAUUAACAAAACUCCAUUUCAAAGUACCAAAAAAAGUGCUCAAAGCCCCGCCCCUUCUCUCUUCUCAUUGGUAGUUGUUAGUUGCAAGAAGUGACAUUGAAAAGCAUAGCAGCAGUGUUCCAAAAGUCAAACCAUUUUCAACUGAGUGCUUACCCACACGUGACAAAAAACGGCUGAUGCUAAAAAUCUGUUAUUGCUGAAAAUGUUGAACUGAAACCCUGUAUUAUCUUCUGUUCUGAUACUGUUCUCUGAACUGUUUGUUCACACUGAAAGUGUUUAUAUAAGGCGAUCACAACUUUAACAAAAGUUUAUUUUUCUUACAGUGCAACUGCAACAACCACAGAGAGAAGAACCCGUUUAUGAGAACGAAAAUAUGAAAGUAUAUGAAAACAUAUAGACUCAACGUUUUCACCCAGGAAGAUUUUUUUUUCUUCUUUACACCAGAUAAAAUUUUAAAUACUGGUAAAUGAAAUCACGAUCUAAUGCAGUUACAAAAUAACAGAGAAAGUAAAGCAAAUAAGUAAAACGUUUUAAGAGGUUUUCCUGAUAUAACUAAAGGGGCAAAUGUGUUUGAAUUAGACUGUUUAAUGUUGUCACCAUGUUUGUGAAUGUAGCAUUAUUUUCAGUGUAAACCUAGAAUGUAGUUUUAUGUCCUCUGUACCAGUUGUGUCAACAUUGUAAUCAAUAGAAGUAAUAUAUAAAUGAAUAUAUAUAUAUGUAUAUAUAAUGUUAGAUUUUAGAAGAUGCAGAAUCAUCUAGAAAUAUUCUCUUCUUCAUGUGAUUCUCACAGCGACUGUAUACAGAAAUGUGUUAAGAUGAAAUUAUGAAAUUCUGGCACCUGUGGUAAGGUAUGUUGUGUGUUUUGUGAUUUAUGGCAUUGGUAGAGGAAUAGACUAUAAGAUUAAGAAUGCUUAGGCAAAGCCUUGUCAAAUAUAAAGAUGUGGUUUCGCACGUCACUUUUGUUGUUGAUAUUAUUAUCAUAGUUAUUAUCAUUAUGCGCUCAGGGUUAAGGUUAAGUAUAUAACUGGUUUGACCUGUUUAAAAAAUAAAAUAAAAAUAAAAAAAGCUCACAAAUUAACCCUUACUGUUUCACCAAUCACCAAAUGUAUGUAAAUAUUUUAGUCUACACUGGUAGGAGCAAAGGGACAACAGGUUGUUUAGAUUUUAUACAACUGUAUGACAAAAGAAGCAAUAAAAUGAGUCCCCAUGGUUGUGAACCUUGUUUGUUUCAUCAGUGAUUACAGAAAAGUUUCCUUUAAGUUGUCUCUCCAUCUGUUGAGUUCAUCACAACAUACAAAAAUAAUCUUUGGAUAGAUGGUUUAAAAUGCAAAUUUAAAGCUAAAUAGAAGCAUUUUUUUAAUCUACAUAUAAGAUAUACAAGAAAGAAAUAGUUUUUGGUUGAAAUGAAGUUCUACUUUGACUGAUGAGGUACAACUUUUAGACUGCAGUCCAAAAUGUCCUCAUAGUUAAGGCAGGUCACCUUUGAGCUGAAAAAAAGGUCAUGUGCUGCCCUCUUAUGGUGCAAUAUAUUAUGACAGCCAGCUGGAUAGGUCACAUUAAAGAGCUCUCUCUCUCUAUCUAUCUAUCUAUCUAUCUAUCUAUCUAUCUAUCUAUCUAUCUAUCUAUCUAUCUAUCUAUCUAUCUAUCUAUCUAUCUAUCCAGGAACUCAGCAUAAAGUUUUCAUAUUUGAUGCACUUAAAGUUUGUCAGUGUUUCCCGAUCUGUGAAACAUUAGUUUGACCACAAAUGUUUGAGGUUUGAACCACAUGUCACCGUGAUAUCUUUACACUGGAGUCUGUGUUUCAUUUUACUGUGCCUUUAUAUCUUUAGUCAUCUGGUCUGAGACAGAAAUUUGACACGUUUGUGUUGAAUUUGACUUGAGAUUUUUUUCCAACUUUUUGUUAAAAAAAGAAAAUAUUUGUGGAUUUAGAAGAGUUAAAUCAAAACUGUAUUGACUAUUGCUUUUAAAAGAGAACUGAUUGACCUUACACUUAAAGGUCCUCACCAGAGUUUUAACACUUUACGGCCCCACAGAAAUAGAUCAUUAAAACAUUUUGAGGGUGUUGUUUCAUCAGAUCUGAUCAACAAUUUUAGCCAAAAAAUUUUCACAAUCAAAAGAUCAAAACUCUACAUUUGUCUUUAGAUUCUGAGUUAUUUUCAAGCUUGCAAUUUAUGUUAAGACCUUAAAUGAAACCUCUUACAAGUUUAAAAUUCAUAUAUUUCUUAAUCAUUUGCUGUGUAUAAUCACUGAUUUAUACUUUGAAAGAUACAUGUGAAACAUUUGCUCACCAUGAACUAGUAGUCUUAUUGUGCCCGCAGGCUCAGUGUCUCCGGCCUCUGAAAUCCUAACUGAGUAUUCUCCGCUAUCAUUAACUCUCAGAUUCCUGAGCUCCAGAGAUCCAGUAGAGGGGAAGAGGGUGAUCCUGUUCUUAUAUCCUUCCCCAGUGAAGUUCAUAGUAUUUGAAGUGAUUAUAGGUUUCUCACCAAACCACCAGCGAAUGUUUACGAAUGGGAUUUCUGUUGGACUCAGUGUUGUGGUGAAAUCCACUUUCCCCCCCAACAGCUGCAUCCAGACUGUCUGGUAAUAUACCAACUCCAUGGGUUACACCUAGAAGAGACAAAAACAGGUCUGAGAAGAUCUCUGCUGAAGGCAUUAAAACACAAAAUAUUCAGUUUGACUCUUUUUUAUAGCAGAGAGAGUUAGUGUUGGACUGACUGUCUAUAAACUGAUGGCUGGAAACUGUUUUUUUUUUUUUUUUGUUGUUGUUGUUUUUUGUGGUUGUUAAAUUGGAAGUCAAACUGAGACAAAAUUCAAAUGUAGAUCAAAACAGAGAAGAAACAAAAACAACUAGGGCCCCGUUGGGGCACUGGCGGGCCCGAGCCGUGUCGCGCCGCCCCCAGCGCGACCGCCUACCCCUCUUGAUCGCGUCACACUCAAGGUCCAAAGAUGGUGUGCGCACUUGUCUGUGGUCAUUUACCAUUAUAAUGAAUGGGAGGUGCAGUUUCUACCAAAACGCUCGCUGCAGACAAACUCCAUGUCCUUUUUGAAAAAAGUCUGGACCAUGAGUGAGGGCACAAACACAGCUAGUAUAUAUCCAAAUGGCAAGUUGCUCCUCCUUUCGGUUUUGCCGAGAGAGCGAUGCUUUUGAGCCAUUGAGCGAUGGGCAGGAAAAACUUGACUUUUUCUCCUGCCAUGGGGGGGCGCUCUUUUGGGGAGAAAAAAUUCCUUCACAAAUGUGUUGAUGGCUGGACAUUGCAUCAUCCUAGAAAACUUGGAGGCCAGUGAGGACAAAAAUAAAAAGUUAUAAGACUUUUAAAAAUGUGGAUAUUUGGGUCCUCUUUGGCACCCCCUAGAACGUAAACUGUGGGGUGCAGCGUCAUGAUUUGUACAACUUUGAAUGGCCAUGGGGUGUAGAUUGACCUGAGCAAAUUUGGAGCCGAUGGGACAAAAGCUUUAGGAGGAGUUAGCCACAUUCCAAUGUGUGCGAAUCGGCAAAAAAUGCGAAAUAGCCCUUUAACCGUACAUUGAACAGAUACGCUCGCAUUGACUUUUUCGUAGAUCUUAUUGAGAUACAUGUGUGUGUCAAAUUUUGUGUCAUUUUGACAAAGCGUAAAGGCGUGACAGUCAACAAUGUGUAUUUUCGCCUUAGGAGACAAGAAAAAAUGGACUUUUUUCUCCUGCCAUGGGGGGCGCUCUUUUGGGGAGUAAAAAUUCCUUCACAAAUGUGUUGAUGGCUGGACAUUGCAUCAUCCUAGAGAACUUGGAGGCCAGUGAGGACAAAAAUAAAAAGUUAUAAGACUUUUAAGACUGUGGAUUUUAGGGUUAUCUUUGGCGCCCCCUAGAACCUAAACCGUGGGGUGCAGCGUCAUGAUUUGUACAACUUUUAAUGGCCAUGGGGUGUAGAUUGGCCUGAGCAAAUGUGGUGCCGUUGGAACGAAAGCCUUCGGAGGAGUUAGCGAAAUUCCAAUGUGUGCGGAUCGGCAAAAAAUGCGAAAUAACCCUUUAACCGUACAUUUGACAGAUACGCCCGCACUGACUUUUUUGUAGAUCUUAUUGAGAUACAUGUGUGUGUCAAAUUUUGUGUCAUUUUGACAAAGCGUAAAGGCGUGACAGUCAACGAUGUGUAUUUUCGCCUUAGGAGACAAGAAAAAAUGGACAUUUUUCUCCUGCCAAGGGGGGCGCUCUUUUGGCGAGUAAAAAUUCCUUCACAAAUGUGUUGAUGGCUGGACAUUGCAUCAUCCUAGAGAACUUGGAGGCCAGUGAGGACAAAAAUAAAAAGUUAUAAGACUUUUAAGACUGUGGAUUUUUGGGUUAUCUUUGGCGCCCCCUAGAACGUAAACCGUGGGGUGCAGCGUCAUGAUUUGUACAACUUUUAUUGGCCAUCGGGUGUAGAUUGGCCUGAGCAAAUGUGGUGCCGGUGGAACGAAAACCUUUGGAGGAGUUAGCGAAAUUCCAAUGUGUGCGGAUCGGCAAAAAAUGCGAAAUAAACCUUUAACCGUACAUUUGACAGAUACGCCCGCACUGACUUUUUUGUAGAUCUUAUUGAGAUACACGUGUGUGUCAAAUUUUGUGUCAUUUUGACAAAGCGUACAGGCGUGACACUCAAUCAUGUUAAUUUUUCACCUUAGGGGGCGCUAUGGAGCCAUUUUGCAUUUGAUUUUUUGGGCGACUUCAGAAUAUCGAAUUUUUCACCAGGCCCGGUCGUCCUGCCAAAUUUCAUGACUUUUCACCAGUGGGAAGUGGGCCAUUUUCCAGUUCAAAGGGGCAGAAAAAUAAUAAGACUAGGACCCCGUUGGGGCACUGGCGGGCCCGAGCCGUGUCGCGUCCCCCCCCCCCAACGUGCUGCCUCCCCGUCCCAUUUGUGUCCUCUGGCCAUCGCCCUCUCUGGUAACGCCCAUCACUGCAAAGACCCUUUUCCUUCAUCGGCGUUUGCUGUUCUUCCUGCCAGUGCGUGUUGCUUUCACUUACACUUGCCACAGCCAGCCUCGUGAGUGCCUAGCCUAUUGGAUAUCACUGUCACCUACACAGGACAGUCAUUACCUUUCUAUUAAUACUUUGUGUUUUAAUUUCACAUUAAUUUCCAUAUUGUAUAAACGACUGGAAAAAACUUGAGCCCCUGCCCCUGUAUAAUCAUGUGCAUGUCUCUGUUCUAGCUCCAAGGUGAAUCUUCACUGCUCAUGUUCUCCUCAGAAGCACUCACCUCACUCCCCUCAGGUUACUGUACACAUGCACCAACUGCCUGCUUCAGGUUUGGAUGGAGCUUCAUGGUUGUCUUUUGGAGAAAUGACCAGUCAAGUUGUGUUUGAAAUUUGAUUUUUUUCAGGGGCAAAAGGAGCCUCUGCAUUCUUGUCAAAUAUGUAAAUAGCAUGUUUUUGCAGGUGCUAAAAACCAGACUCUGAGUGUGUGUGUGUGUGUGUGUGUGUGUGUGUGUGUGUGUGUGUGUGUGCGUGUGUGUGUGUCUAUGUGUGCGUUCAAGUCACAUGACAUAUUUAACCUGAUGUAGCUGCAAGACGGAGCCUCGUUGACUCUCCGUUUCAACUUAUCUCAAAAGUGAGGAUCUCAACCUAUAUACCAGUUUUUAAAUUGUGUUGAUAGGCCAAAUACAACCAGAGUUAUGAUAAAUUAUGUCCGCGAUACUUUUUUUCUGCUUAUUUUGAUCACGUUCGGCGCUCGAUCGCGCUGUAUGAGACAGGAAAACAUAGCAUGCAGACAUUAGCGACAGGUCUUACAGGCGGAAAAGGCUUGCCAAAAGAAAAAAAAAACACACCACAACAUCUCUCCUAUUGGUGGAAAACUUCACCACAACAACCAAUCCAAAAUUAUAUGGUGACUGAUUGACAAGGGGCGGGCGCUUACGUUCUUCCUGCAACAUGAGAAGGGAGGGAGGGACUCUCAGCAGGGAUGCAGUCUGGGACACGUAGUUGCAAACCUAGCGACUUUGUUGUUAGAUUCAAUGACUUUUCAGACACCCUAACGACUUUUUUUAGAAAGAAAGGGACUUUUAUCGACUUCUUCUGGAGUUUAGAGACUCUGACAUGAAGCAGGCUUUCCUUACUGAGGAGUUAGCAACGCUGCUAAGGGUGCAGAGCCACACAUGCGCUCAGAGCUCUGCAUGGGAGACUGAAGCUGACAGAGCUGCAGCAGUUAGCAGGUUUCACCCUCAGAGACCACCAGGGGUUCAUGUUGAGGCAUUUUAUUUUUUUUGUUUUUUUUGUGCCAUAGACACUGUCAGCAAAAUCUGCAGUUACACUAACAAAAAUGCUGCAAAAAACAAAGAAUUAUGGAAAAAUUACACAUGGACUGACAUAGAGGAGGAUCUACACAAGUUUUUUACAUCAUGUUUUACAUCAUGCAUCAUUUACAUCAUGUUUUUUUGUAGUGGCAUAAAUAAAAAGUGACAUUUGUGAGACUAUACAGUGUUUUGUAAAUAAUUUUACAAAGAACGCCUGGGCCAUUGCCUGCAUUUUGAUGUAAAUAGAGGUAAAUUACUAUGUUCUUUGUUAAAAAUUUGCAUAUGUUUUGAAGUUUACAAUUUUUAUUUGAAGUUUAAGUUUUAAAAACAGUUCAUCACACAUAUUUGUGGUUUAAUUUCACAUUAAUUUCCAUAUUGUAUAAAUGACUGGAAAAAACUUGAGCCCCUGCCCCUGUAUAAUCAUGUGCACGUCCCUGUUCUAGCUCCAAGGUGAAUCUUCACUGCUCAUGUUCUCCUCAGAAAUAGUCACCUCACUCCCCUCAGGUUACUGUACACAUGCACCAACUAUCUGCUUCAGGUUUGAAAUGGAGCUUCAUGGUUGUCUUUUGGAGAAAUGAACAGUCAAGUUGUGUUUGAAAUUUGAUUUUUUUCAGGGGCAAAAGGAAGCCUCUGCAUUCUUGUCAAAUAUGUAAACAGCAUGUUUUUGCAGGUGCUAAAAAACAGACUCUGAGUGUGUGUGUGUGUUUGUGUGUGUGUGUGUGUGUGUGUGUGUGUGUGUGUAUGUUGGCGUGUGUGUAUGUUGGCGUGUGUGUAUAUGUGUGUGUAUCCUGCAGUACUCUGUACUCCUGCAGUGGCCAAAAAGACUUUUAAGAAUGUGGAUUUUUGGGUCAUCUUUGGCGCCCCCUAGAACUGCAGUACUCUGUACUCCUGCAGUGGCCAAAAUGACUUUUAAGAAUGUGGAUUUUUGGGUCAUCUUUGGCGCCCCCUAGAACGUAAACCGUGGGGUGCAGCAUCAUGAUUUUUACAACUUUGAAUGGGCAUGGGGUGUAGAUUGCCCUGAGCAAAUUUGGUAUCGGUGGGACGAAAGCCUUAGGAGGAGAUAGCCACAUUCCAAUGUGUGCGAAUCGGCAAAAAAUGCAAAAUAGCCCUUUAACCGUACAUUAUACGGAUACGCGCUCUUUGACUUUUUCGUAGAUCUAAUUGAGAUACACAUGAUUGUCAAUUUUUGUGUCAAUAUGACAAAGCGUUCAGGCGUGACACUCAACAAUGUGUAUUUUUAUGUAAGGGGACAAGAAAAAAUUGACUUUUUUCUCCUACCAUGGGGGGGCGCUCUUUUGGGGAGUAAAAAUUCCUUCACAAAUGUGUUGAUGGCUGGACAUUGCAUCAUCCUAGAAAACUUGGAGGCCAGUGAGGACAAAAAUAAAAAGUUAUAAAACAUUUAAGAAUGUGGAUUUUUGGGUUAUUUUUGGCGCCCCCUAGAACCUAAACCAUGGGGUGCAGCAUCAUGAUUUGAAUAACUUUUAAUGGCCAUGGGGUGUAGAUUGGCCUGAGCAAAUGUGGUGCCGGUGGAACGAAAGCCUUCGGAGGAGUUAGCGAAAUUCCAAUGUGUGCGUAUCGGCAAAAAAUGCGGAAUAACCCUUUAACUGUACAUUUGACAGAUACGCGCGCAUGGACUUUUUUGUAGAUCUUAUUGAGUUACAUGUGUGUGUCAAUUUUUGUGUCAUUUUGACAAAGCGUAUAGGCGUGACACUCAACAAUGUGUAUUUUCACCUUAGGGGACAAGAAAAAAUGGACUUUUUUCUCCUGCCAUGGGGGGGCGCUCUUUUGGGGAGUAAAAAUUCCUUCACAAAUGUGUUGAUGGCUGGACAUUGCAUCAUCCUAGAAAACUUGGAGGCCAGUGAGGACAAAAAUAAAAAGUUAUAAGACUUUUAAAUAUGUGGAUUUUAGUGUUAUCUUUGGCGCCCCCUAGAACCUAAACCUUGGGGUGCAGCGUCAUGAUUUUGAUAACUUUUAAUGGCCACGGGGUGUAGAUUGGCCUGAGCAAAUGUGGUGCCGGUGGAACGAAAGCCUUCGGAGGAGUUAGCGAAAUUCCAAUGUGUGCGGAUCGGCAAAAAAUGCGAAAUAACCCUUUAACCGUAAUUUUGACAGAUACGGCCGCACUGACUUUUUUGUAGAUCUUAUUGAGAUACAUAUGUGUGUCAAUUUUUGUGUCAAUAUGACAAAGCGUACAGGCGUGACAGUCAAUAGUGUGAAUUUCCACCUUAGGGGGCGCUAUGGAGCCAUUUUGCAUUUUAUUGUUUGGGCGACUUCAGAAUAUCGAAUUUUUCACCAGGCCCGGUCGUCCUGCCAAAUUUCAUGAGUUUUCGCCAGUGGGAAGUGGGCCAUUUUCCAGUUCAAAGGGGAGGAAAAAGAAGAAAGAAAGAAAGAAAGAAAGAAAGAAAGAAACAAAGAAAAACCACUUGGGGAAUAAUAGGGCCUACGCCCGGCUGCUCUGCAGCUGGCUCGGGCCCUAAAGAAGAAGAAGAAGAAACUAGGGCCCCGUUGGGGCACUGGCGGGCCCGAGCCAUGUCACGCCGCCCUCAGCGCAACCGCCUCCCCCACCCGAUCGCGUCACACUCAAGGUCCAAAGAUGGUGUGCGCACUUGUAUGUGGUCAUUAACCAUUAUAAUGAACGGGAGGCGCAGUUUCUACCAAAACGCUCGCUGCAGAAAAACUCCAUGUCCUAUUUGAAAAAAGUCUGGACCAUGAGUGAGGGCACAAACACAGCUAAGAUAUAUCCAAAUGGCAAGUUGCUCCUCCUUUCGCUUUUGCCGAGAGAGCAGUGCGUUUGAGCCAUUGAAUGAUGAACAGGAAAAACUUGACUUUAUUCUCCUGCCAUGGGGGGGUGCUCUUUUAACGAGAAAAAACUCCUUCACAAAUGUGUUGAUGGCUGGACAUUGCAUCAUCCUAGAAAACAUGGAGGCCAGUGAGGACAAAAAUAAAAAGUUAUAAGACUUUUAAAUAUGUGGAUUUUAGGGUUAUCUUUGGCGCCCCCUAGAACCUAAACCGUGGGGUGCAGCGUCAUGAUUUGAAUAACUUUUAAUGGCCAUGGGGUGUAGAUUGGCCUGAGCAAAUGUGGUGCCGGUGGAACGAAAGCCUUCGGAGGAUUUAGCGAAAUUCCAAUGUGUGCGAAUCUGCAAAAAAUGCGAAAUAACCCUUUAACCGUACAUUUUACAGAUACGUGGCCAUUGACUUUUUCGAAGAUCUUAUUGAAAUACACGUGUAUGUAAAAUUUUGUGUCAAUACGACAAAACAUACAGGCGUAGCACUCAACAAUGUGUAUUUUCACCUUAGUGGAAAAGAAAAAAUGGACUUUUUUCUCCUGCCAUGGGGGGGCGCUCUUUUGGCGAGUAAAAAUUCCUUCAUAAAUGUGUUGAUGGCUGGACAUUGCAUCAUCCUAGAAAACUUGGAGGCCAGUGGGGACAAAAAUAAAAAGUUAUAAGACUUUUAAAUAUGUGGAUUUUACGGUUAUCUUUGGCGCCCCCUAGAACCUAAACCGUGGGGUGCAGCGUCAUGAUUUGAAUAACUAUUAAUGGCCAUGGGGUGUAGAUUGGCCUGAGCAAAUGUGGUGCCGGUGGAACGAAAGCCUUCGGAGGAGUUAGCGAAAUUCCAAUGUGUGCGGAUCGGCAAAAAAUGCGGAAUAACCCUUUAACCGUACAUUUGAAAGAUACGCGCGCAUUGACUUUUUUGUAGAUCUUAUUGAGAUACAUGUGUGUGUCAAUUUUUGUGUCAUUUUGCCAAAGCGUACAGGUGUUACACUCAACAAUGUGUAUUUUCACCUUAGGGGACAAGAAAAAAUGGACUUUUUUCUCCUGCCAUGGGGGGCGCUCUUUUGGGGAGUAAAAAUUCCUUCACAAAUGUGUUGAUGGCUGGACAUUGCAUCAUCCUAGAAAAUUUGGAGGCCAGUGAGGGCAAAAAUAAAAAGUUAUAAGACUUUUAAAUAUGUGGAUCUUAGGGUUAUCUUUGGCGCCCCCUAGAACCUAAACCGUGGGGUGCAGCAUCAUGAUUUGAAUAACUUUUAAUGGCCAUGGGGUGUAGAUUGGCCUGAGCAAAUGUGGUGCCGGUGGAACGAAAGCCUUCGGAGGAGUUAGCGAAAUUGCAAUGUGUGCGGAUCGGCAAAAAAUGCGAAAUAACCCUUUAACCGUACAUUUGACAGAUACGCCCGCACUGACUUUUUUGUAGAUCUUAUUGAGAUACAUGUGUGUGUCAAUUUUUAUGUCAUUUUGACAAAGCGUAAAGGCGUGACAGUCAAUAGUGUGAAUUUUCACCUUAGGUGGCGCUAUGGAGCCAUUUUGCAUUUUCUUGUUUGGCCGACUUCGGAAUAUCAAAUUUUUCACCAGGCCCGGUCGUCCUGCCAAAUUUCAUGAGUUUUCGCCAGUGGGAAGUGGGCCAUUUUCCAGUUCAAAGGGGAGGAAAAAUAAUAAUAACUAGGGCCCCGUUGGGGCACUGGCGGGCCCGAGCCGUGUCGCGCCGCCCCCAGCGCGACCGCCUACCCCUCCCGAUCGCGUCACACUCAAGGUCCAAAGAUGGUGUGCGCACUUGUCUGUGGUCAUUUACCAUUAUAAUGAAUGGGAGGCGCAGUUUCUACCAAAACGCUCGCUGCAGACAAACUCCAUGUCCUUUUUGAAAAAGUCUGGACCAUGAGUGAGGGCACAAACACAGCUAGUAUAUAUCCAAAUGGCAAGUUGCUCCUCCUUUCGGUUUUGCCGAGAGAGCGAUGCGUUUGAGCCAUUGAGCGAUGGGCAGGAAAAACUUGACUUUUUCUCCUGCCAUGGGGGGGCGCUCUUUUGGGGAGAAAAAAUUCCUUCACAAAUGUGUUGAUGGCUGGACAUUGCAUCAUCCUAGAAAACUUGGAGGCCAGUGAGGACAAAAAUAAAAAGUUAUAAGACUUUUAAGAAUGUGGAUUUUUGGGUUAUCUUUGGCGACCCCUAGAACGUAAACUGUGGGGUGCAGCGUCAUGAUUUGUACAACUUUGAAUGGCCAUGGGGUGUAGACUGGCCUGAGCAAAUUUGAAGCCGAUGGGACAAAAGAUUUAGGAGGAGUUAGCCACAUUCCAAUGUGUGCGAAUCGGCAAAAAAUGCGAAAUAGCCCUUUAACCGUACAUUGAACAGAUACGCUCGCAUUGACUUUUUCGUAGAUCUUAUUGAGAUACAUGUGUGUGUCAAAUUUUGUGUCAUUUUGACAAAGCGUAAAGGCGUGACAGUCAACAAUGUGUAUUUUCGCCUUAGGAGACAAGAAAAAAUGGACUUUUUUCUCCUGCCAUGGGGGGGGGCGCUCUUUUGGCGAGUAAAAAUUCCUUCACAAAUGUGUUGAUGGCUGGACAUUGCAUCAUCCUAGAGAACUUGGAGGCCAGUGAGGACAAAAAUAAAAAGUUAUAAGACUUUUAAGACUGUGGAUUUUUGGGUUAUCUUUGGCGCCCCCUAGAACGUAAACCGUGGGGUGCAGCGUCAUGAUUUGUACAACUUUUAAUGGCCAUGGGGUGUAGAUUGGCCUGAGCAAAUGUGGUGCCGGUGGAACGAAAGCCUUCGGAGGAGUUAGCGAAAUUCCAAUGUGUGCGGAUCGGCAAAAAAUGCGAAAUAACCCUUUAACCGUACAUUUGACAGAUACGCCCGCACUGACUUUUUUGUAGAUCUUAUUGAGAUACAUGUGUGUGUCAAUUUUUGUGUCAAUAUGACAAAGCGUAAAGGCGUGACAGUCAAUAGUGUGAAUUUUCGCCUUAGGAGACAAGAAAAAAUGGACUUUUCUCUCCUGCCAUGGGGGGGCGCUCUUUUGGCGAGUAAAAAUUCCUUCACAAAUGUGUUGAUGGCUGGACAUUGCAUCAUCCUAGAGAACUUGGAGGCCAGUGAGGACAAAAAUAAAAAGUUAUAAGACUUUUAAGACUGUGGAUUUUUGGGUUAUCUUUGGCGCCCCCUAGAACGUAAACCGUGGGGUGCAGCGUCAUGAUUUGUACAACUUUUAAUGUCCAUGGGGUGUAGAUUGGCCUGAGCAAAUGUGGUGCCGGUGGAACGAAAGCCUUCGGAGGAGUUAGCGAAAUUCCAAUGUGUGCGGAUCGGCAAAAAAUGCGAAAUAACCCUUUAACCGUACAUUUGACAGAUACGCCCGCACUGACUUUUUUGUAGAUCUUAUUGAGAUACAUGUGUGUGUCAAUUUUUGUGUCAUUUUGACAAAGCGUACAGGCGUGACACUCAAUCAUGUGAAUUUUUCACCUUAGGGGGCGCUAUGGAGCCAUUUUGCAUUUGAUUUUUUGGGCGACUUCAGAAUAUCGAAUUUUUCACCAGGCCCGGUCGUCCUGCCAAAUUUCAUGACUUUUCACCAGUGGGAAGUGGGCCAUUUUCCAGUUCAAAGGGGCAGAAAAAUAAUAAGAAGAAGAAGAAGAAAGAAGAAUCCAUCAGGAAUAAUAGGGCUCUCGCAGCUGCUUAGCAGCUACGCUCGGGCCCUAACUAGGACCCCGUUGGGGCACUGGCGGGCCCGAGCCGUGUCGCGUCCCCCCCCCCCCCCCAACGUGCUGCCUCCCCGUCCCAUUUGUGUCCUCUGGCCAUCGCCCUCUCUGUUAACGCCCAUCACUGCAAAGACCCUUUUCCUUCAUCGGCGUUUGCUGUUCUUCCUGCCAGUGCGUGUUGCUUUAACUUACACUUGCCACAGCCAGCCUCGUGAGUGCCUAGCCUAUUGGAUAUCACUGUCACCUACACAGGACAGUCAUUACCUUUCUAUUAAUACUUUGUGUUUUAAUUUCACAUUAAUUUCCAUAUUGUAUAAACGACUGGAAAAAACUUGAGCCCCUGCCCCUGUAUAAUCAUGUGCAUGUCUCUGUUCUAGCUCCAAGGUGAAUCUUCACUGCUCAUGUUCUCCUCAGAAGCACUCACCUCACUCCCCUCAGGUUACUGUACACAUGCACCAACUGCAUGCUUCAGGUUUGGAUGGAGCUUCUUGGUUGUCUUUUGGAGAAAUGACCAGUCAAGUUGUGUUUGAAAUUUGAUUUUUUUCAGGGGCAAAAGGAGCCUCUGCAUUCUUGUCAAAUAUGUAAAUAGCAUGUUUUUGCAGGUGCUAAAAACCAGACUCUGAGUGUGUGUGUGUGUGUGUGUGUGUGUGUGUGUGUGUGUGUGCGUGUGUGUGUGUCUAUGUGUGCGUUCAAGUCACAUGACAUAUUUAACCGGAUGUAGCUGCAAGACGGAGCCUCGUUGACUCUCCGUUUUAACUUAUCUCAAAAGUGAGGACCUCAACCUAUAUACCAGUUUUUAAAUUGUGUUGAUAGGCCAAAUAAAACCAGAGUUAUGAUAAAUUAUGUCCGCGAUACUUUUUUUCUGCUUAUUUUGAUCACGUUCGGCGCUCGAUCGCGCUGUAUGAGACAGGAAAACAUAGCAUGCAGACAUUAGCGACAGGUCUUACAGGCGGAAAAGGCUUGCCAAAAGAAAAAAAAACACACCACAACAUCUCUCCUAUUGGUGGAAAACUUCACCACAACAACCAAUCCAAAAUUAUAUGGUGACUGAUUGACAAGGGGCGGGCGCUUACGUUCUUCCUGCAACAUGAGAAGGGAGGGAGGGACUCUCAGCAGGGAUGCAGUCUGGGACACGUAGUUGCAAACCUAGCGACUUUGUUGUUAGAUUCAAUGACUUUUCAGACACCCUAACGACUUUUUUUAGAAAGAAAGUGACUUUUAUCGACUUCUUCUGGAGUUUAGAGACUCUGACAUGAAGCAGGCUUUCCAUACUGAGGAGUUAGCAACGCUGCUAAGGGUGCAGAGCCACACAUGCGCUCAGAGCUCUGCAUGGGAGACUGAAGCUGACAGAGCUGCAGCAGUUAGCAGGUUUCACCCUCAGAGACCACCAGGGGUUCAUGUUGAGGCAUUUUAAUUUUUUUUUUUUUUUUGUGCCAUAGACACUGUCAGCACAAUCUGCAGUUACACUAACAAAAAUGCUGCAAAAAACAAAGAAUUAUGGAAAAAUUACACAUGGACUGACAUAGAGGAGGAUCUACACAAGUUUUUUACAUCAUGUUUUACAUCAUGCAUCAUUUACAUCAUGUUUUUUUGUAGUGGCAUAAAUAAAAAGUGACAUUUGUGAGACUAUACAGUGUUUUGUAAAUAAUUUUACAAAGAACGCCUGGGCCAUUGCCUGCAUUUUGAUGUAAAUAGAGGUAAAUUACUAUGUUCUUUGUUAAAAAUUUGCAUAUGUUUUGAAGUUUACAAUUUUUAUUUGAAGUUUAAGUUUUAAAAACAGUUCAUCACACAUAUUUGUGGUUUAAUUUCACAUUAAUUUCCAUAUUGUAUAAAUGACUGGAAAAAACUUGAGCCCCUGCCCCGUAUAAUCAUGUGCACGUCCCUGUUCUAGCUCCAAGGUGAAUCUUCACUGCUCAUGUUCUCCUCAGAAAUAGUCACCUCAAUCCCCUCAGGUUACUGUACACAUGCACCAACUAUCUGCUUCAGGUUUGAAAUGGAGCUUCAUGGUUGUCUUUUGGAGAAAUGAACAGUCAAGUUGUGUUUGAAAUUUGAUUUUUUUCAGGGGCAAAAGGAAGCCUCUGCAUUCUUGUCAAAUAUGUAAACAGCAUGUUUUUGCAGGUGCUAAAAAACAGACUCUGAGUGUGUGUGUGUGUCUGUGUGUGUGUGUGUGUGUGUGUGUGUAUGUUGGCGUGUGUGUAUAUGUGUGUGUAUCCUGCAGUACUCUGUACUCCUGCAGUGGCCAAAAAGACUUUUAAGAAUGUGGAUUUUUGGGUCAUCUUUGGCGCCCCCUAGAACUGCAGUACUCUGUACUCCUGCAGUGGCCAAAAUGACUUUUAAGAAUGUGGAUUUUUGGGUCAUCUUUGGCGCCCCCUAGAACGUAAACCGUGGGGUGCAGCAUCAUGAUUUUUACAACUUUGAAUGGGCAUGGGGUGUAGAUUGCCCUGAGCAAAUUUGGUAUCGGUGGGACGAAAGCCUUAGGAAGAGAUAGCCACAUUCCAAUGUGUGCGAAUCGGCAAAAAAUGCAAAAUAGCCCUUUAACCGUACAUUAUACAGAUACGCGCUCUCUGACUUUUUCGUAGAUCUAAUUGAGAUACACAUGAUUGUCAAUUUUUGUGUCAAUAUGACAAAGCGUUCAGGCGUGACACUCAACAAUGUGUAUUUUCAUGUAAGGGGACAAGAAAAAAUGGACUUUUUUCUCCUGCCAUGGGGGGGCGCUCUUUUGGCGAGUAAAAAUUCCUUCACAAAUGUGUUGAUGGCUGGACAUUGCAUCAUCCUAGAAAACUUGGAGGCCAGUGAGGACAAAAAUAAAAAGUUAUAAGACUUUUAAAUAUGUGGAUUUUUGGGUUAUCUUUGGCGCCCCCUAGAACCUAAACCGUGGGGUGCAGCGUCAUGAUUUGAAUAACUUUUAAUGGCCAUGGGGUGUAGAUUGGCCUGAGCAAAUGUGGUGCCGGUGGAACGAAAGCCUUAGGAGGAGUUAGCCACAUUCCAAUGUGUGCGGAUCGGCAAAAAAUGCGGAAUAACCCUUUAACCGUACAUUUGACAGAUACGCGCGCAUUGACUUUUUCGUAGAUCUUAUUGAGUUACAUGUGUGUGUCAAUUUUUGUGUCAUUUUGACAACGCGUAUAGGCGUGACACUCAACAAUGUGUAUUUUCACCUUAGGGGACAAGAAAAAAUUGACUUUUUUCUCCUGCCAUGGGGGGGCGCUCUUUUGGGGAGUAAAAAUUCCUUCACAAAUGUGUUGAUGGCUGGACAUUGCAUCAUCCUAGAAAACUUGGAGGCCAGUGAGGACAAAAAUAAAAAGUUAUAAGACUUUUAAAUAUGUGGAUUUUAGUGUUAUCUUUGGCGCCCCCUAGAACCUAAACCUUGGGGUGCAGCGUCAUGAUUUUGAUAACUUUUAAUGGCCACGGGGUGUAGAUUGGCCUGAGCAAAUGUGGUGCCGGUGGAACGAAAGCCUUCGGAGGAGUUAGCGAAAUUCCAAUGUGUGCGGAUCGGCAAAAAAUGCGAAAUAACCCUUUAACCGUAAUUUUGACAGAUACGGCCGCACUGACUUUUUUGUAGAUCUUAUUGAGAUACAUAUGUGUGUCAAUUUUUGUGUCAAUAUGACAAAGCGUACAGGCGUGACAGUCAAUAGUGUGAAUUUCCACCUUAGGGGGCGCUAUGGAGCCAUUUUGCAUUUUAUUGUUUGGGCGACUUCAGAAUAUCGAAUUUUUCACCAGGCCCGGUCGUCCUGCCAAAUUUCAUGAGUUUUCGCCAGUGGGAAGUGGGCCAUUUUCCAGUUCAAAGGGGAGGAAAAAGAAGAAACUAGGGCCCCGUUGGGGCACUGGCGGGCCCGAGCCGCGUUGCGCCGCCCCCAGUGCGACCGCCUCCCCCUCCCGAUCGCGUCACACUCAAGGUCCAAAGAUGGUGUGCGCACUUGUCUGUGGUCAUUUCCCAUUAUAAUGAAUGGGAGGCGCAGUUUCUACCAAAACACUCGCUGCAGACAAACUACAUGUCCUAUUUGAAAAAAGUGUGGACCAUGAGUGAGGGCACAAACACAGCUAGGAUAUAUCCAAACGGCAAGUUGCUCCUCGUUACGGUGUUGCCGGGAGAGCGAUGCGAUUGAGCCAUUGAGUGAUGGGCAGGAAAAACUUGACUGUUUCUCCUGCCAUGGGGGAUGGGGGAUGGGGGGGGGGGGGGGGGGAUGUGGAUUCUUUUAAGAAUGUGGAUAUUUGGGUCAUCUUUGGCGCCCCCUAGAACGUAAACCGUGGGGUGCAGCGUCAUGAUUUUUAAAACUUUGAAUGGCCAUGGGGUGUAGAUUGGCCUGAGCAAAUUUGGUGUCAGUGGGACGAAAGCCUUAGGAGGAGUUAGCCACAUUCCAAUGUGUGCUAAUCGGCAAAAAAUGCAAAAUAGCCCUUUAACCGUACAUUUUACAGAUACGCGCGCAUUGACUUUUUCGUAGAUCUUAUUGAGAUACAUGUGUGUGUCAAAUUUUGUGUCAAUAUGACAAAGCAUACAGGUAUGACAGUCAACAAUGUGUAUUUUCACCUUAUGGGACAAGAAAAAAUGGACUUUUUUCUCCUGCCAUGGGGGGGCGCUCUUUUGGGGAGUAAAAAUUCCUUCACAAAUGUGUUGAUGGCUGGACAUUGCAUCAUCCUAGAAAACUUGGAGGCCAGAGAGGACAAAAAUAAAAAGUUAUAAGACUUUUAAAUAUGUGGAUUUUUGGGUUAUCUUUGGCGCCCCCUAGAACCUAAACUGUGGGGUGCAGCGUCAUGAUUUGAAUAACUUUUAAUGGCCAUGGGGUGUAGAUUGGCCUGAGCAAAUGUGGUGCCGGUGGAACGAAAGCCUUCGGAGGAGUUAGCGAAAUUCCAAUGUGUGCGGAUCGGCAAAAAAUGCGCAAUAACCCUUUAACCGUACAUUUGACAGAUACGCCAGCACUGACUUUUUUGUAGAUCUUAUUGAGAUACAUGUGUGUGUCAAUUUUUGUGUAAUUUUGACAAAGCGUACAGGCGUGACAGUCAAUAGUGUGAAUUUUCACCUUAUGGGACAAGAAAAAAUGGACUUUUUUCUCCUGCCAUGGGGGGGCGCUCUUUUGGGGAGUAAAAAUUCCUUCACAAAUGUGUUGAUGGCUGGACAUUGCAUCAUCCUAGAAAACUUGGAGGCCAGUGAGGGCAAAAAUAAAAAGUUAUAAGACUUUGAAAUAUGUGGAUUUUAGGGUUAUUUUUGGCGCCCCCUAGAACCUAAACCGUGGGGUGCAGCGUCAUGAUUUGAAUAACUUUUAAUGGCCAUGGGGUGUAGAUUGGCCUGAGCAAAUGUGGUGCCGGUGGAACGAAAGCCUUCGGAGGAGUUAGCGAAAUUCCAAUGUGUGCGGAUCGGCAAAAAAUGCGCAAUAACCCUUUAACCGUACAUUUGACAGAUACGCCCGCACUGACUUUUUUGUAGAUCUUAUUGAGAUACAUGUGUGUGUCAAUUUUUGUGUCAUUUUGACAAAGCGUACAGGCGUGACAGUGAAUAGUGUGAAUUUUCACGUUAGGGGGCGCUAUGGAGCCAUUUUGCAUUUUCUUGUUUGGGCGACUUCGGAAUAUCAAAUUUUUCACCAGGCCCGGUCGUCCUGCCAAAUUUCAUGAGUUUUCGCCAGUGGGAAGUGGGCCAUUUUCCAGUUCAAAGGGGAGGAAAAAUAAUAAUAAUAAUAAUAACAAAAGAAGGAAACUACAGGAACAAGAGGGCUCUCGCAGCUGCUUAGCAGCUACGCUCGGGCCCUAAGAAAGAAAGAAAGAAAGAAAGAAAGAAACAAAGAAAAACCACUUGGGGAAUAAUAGGGCCUACGCCCGGCUGCUCUGCAGCUGGCUCGGGCCCUAAUAAUAACUAGGGCCCCGGUGGGGCACUGUCGGGCCCGAGCCGCGUCGCGCCGCCCCUAGCGCGACCGCCUCCCCCUCCCGAUCGCGUCACACUCAAGGUCCAAAGAUGGUGUGCGCACUUGUCUGUGGUCAUUUCCCAUUAUAAUGAAUGGGAGGCGCAGUUUCUACCAAAACACUCGCUGCAGACAAACUUCAUGUCCUAUUUGAAAAAAGUCUGGACCAUGAGUGAGGGCACAAACACAGCUAUGAUAUAUCGAAAUGGCAGGUUGCUCCUCCUUACGGUGUUGCCUGGAGAGCGAUGCGAUUGAGCCAUUGAGCGAUGGGCAGGGUUAACUUGACUUUUUCUCCUGCCUUGGGGGGGGAUGUGGAUUCCUUUAAGAAUGUGGAUUUUUGGGUCAUCUUUGGCGCCCCCUAGAACGUAAACCGUGGGGUGCAGCGUCAUGAUUUUUACAACUUUGAAUGGCCAUGGGGUGUAGAUUGGCCUGAGCAAAUUUGGUGUCAGUGGGACGAAAGCCUUAGGAGGAGUUAGCCACAUUCCAAUGUGUGCGAAUCGGCAAAAAAUGCAAAAUAGCCCUUUAACCGUACAUUUGACAGAUACGCGCGCAUUGACUUUUUUGUAGAUCUUAUUGAGAUACAUAUGUGUGUCAAUUUUUGUGUCAAUAUGAUAAAGCGUACAGGCGUGACAGUCAAUAGUGUGAAUUUCCACCUUAGGGGACAAGAAAAAAUUGACUUUUUUCUCCUGCCAUGGGGGGGCGCUCUUUUGGGGAGUAAAAAUUCCUUCACAAAUGUGUUGAUGGCUGGACAUUGCAUCAUCCUAGAAAACUUGGAGGCCAGUGAGGACAAAAAUAAAAAGUUAUAAGACUUUUAAAUAUGUGGAUUUUAGUGUUAUCUUUGGCGCCCCCUAGAACCUAAACCGUGGGGUGCAGCGUCAUGAUUUGAAUAACUUUUAAUGGCCAUGGGGUGUAGAUUGGCCUGAGCAAAUGUGGUGCCGGUGGAACGAAAGCCUUCGGAGGAGUUAGCGAAAUUCCAAUGUGUGCGGAUCGGCAAAAAAUGCGGAAUAACCCUUUAACCGUACAUUUGACAGAUACGCGCGCAUUGACUUUUUCGUAGAUCUUAUUGAGAUACAUGUGUGUGUCAAUUUUUGUGUCAUUUUGCCAAAGCGUACAGGUGUUACACUCAACAAUGUGUAUUUUCACCUUAGGGGACAAGAAAAAAUGGACUUUUUUCUCCUGCCAUGGGGGGGCGCUCUUUUAGGGAGUAAAAAUUCCUUCACAAAUGUGUUGAUGGCUGGACAUUGCAUCAUCCUAGAAAACUUGGAGGCCAGUGAGGACAAAAAUAAAAAGUUAUAAGACUUUUUAAAAAUUUGGAUUUUUGGGUUAUCUUUGGCGCCCCCUAGAACGUAAACCGUGGGGUGCAGCGUCAUGAUUUGAAUAACUUUUAAUGGCCAUGGGGUGUAAUUUGGCCUGAGCAAAUGUGGUGCCGGUGGAACGAAAGCCUUCGGAGGAGUUAGCGAAAUUCCAAUGUGUGCGAAUCGGCAAAAAAUGCGGAGUAACCCUUUAACCGUACAUUUGACAGAUACGCGCCCAUUGACUUUUUUGUAGAUCUUAUUGAGAUACAUGUGUGUGUCAAUUUUUGUGUCAUUUUGACAAAGCGUACAGGCGUGACACUCAACAAUGUGUAUUUUCACCUUAGGGGACAAGAAAAAAUGGACUUUUUUCUCCGGCCAUGGGGGGGCGCUCUUUUGGGGAGUAAAAAUUCCUUCACAAAUGUGUUGAUGGCUGGACAUUGCAUCAUCCUAGAAAACUUGGAGGCCAGUGAGGACAAAAAUAAAAAGUUAUAAGACUUUUAAAUAUGUGGAUUUUAGUGUUAUCUUUGGCGCCCCCUAGAACCUAAACCGUGGGGUGCAGCGUCAUGAUUUGAAUAACUUUUAAUGGCCAUGGGGUGUAGAUUGGCCUGAGCAAAUGUGGUGCCGGUGGAACGAAAGCCUUCGGAGGAGUUAGCGAAAUUCCAAUGUGUGCGGAUCGGCAAAAAAUGCGCAAUAACCCUUUAACCGUACAUUUGACAGAUACGCCCGCACUGACUUUUUUGUAGAUCUUAUUGAGAUACAUGUGUGUGUCAAUUUUUGUGUCAUUUUGACAAAGCGUACAGGCGUCAGGUGAAUUUUUCACCUUAGGGGGCGCUAUGGAGCCAUUUUGCAUUUUCUUGUUUGGGCGACUUCGGAAUAUCAAAUUUUUCACCAGGCCCGGUCGUCCUGCCAAAUUUCAUGAGUUUUCGCCAGUGGGAAGUGGGCCAUUUUCCAGUUCAAAGGGGAGGAAAAAUAACUAGGACCCCGGUGGGGCACUGUCGGGCCCGAGCCGCGUUGCGCCGCCCCCAGCGCGACCGCCUCCUCCUCCCGAUCGCGUCACACUCAAGGUCCAAAGAUGGUGUGCGCACUUGUCUGUGGUCAUUUCCCAUUAUAAUGAAUGGGAGGCGCAGUUUCUACCAAAACACUCGCUGCAGACAAACUACAUGUCCUAUUUGAAAAAAGUCUGGACCAUGAGUGAGGGCACAAACACAGCUAGGAUAUAUCCAAACGGCAAGUUGCUCCUCGUUACGGUGUUGCCGGGAGAGCGAUGCGAUUGAGCCAUUGAGUGAUGGGCAGGAAAAACUUGACUGUUUCUCCUGCCAUGGGGGAUGGGGGAUGGGGGAUGGGGGGGGGGGGGGGGAUGUGGAUUCUUUUAAGAAUGUGGAUAUUUGGGUAAUCUUUGGCGCCCCCUAGAACGUAAACCGUGGGGUGCAGCGUCAUGAUUUUUAAAACUUUGAAUGGCCAUGGGGUGUAGAUUGGCCUGAGCAAAUUUGGUGUCUGUGGGACGAAAGCCUUAGGAGGAGUUAGCCACAUUCCAAUGUGUGCUAAUCGGCAAAAAAUGCAAAAUAGCCCUUUAACCGUACAUUUUACAGAUACGCGCGCAUUGACUUUUUCGUAGAUCUUAUUGAGAUACAUGUGUGUGUCAAAUUUUGUGUCAAUAUGACAAAGCAUACAGGUAUGACAGUCAACAAUGUGUAUUUUCACCUUAUGGGACAAGAAAAAAUUGACUUUUUUCUCCUGCCAUGGGGGGGCGCUCUUUUGGGGAGUAAAAAUUCCUUCACAAAUGUGUUGAUGGCUGGACAUUGCAUCAUCCUAGAAAACUUGGAGGCCAGUGAGGGCAAAAAUAAAAAGUUAUAAGACUUUUAAAUAUGUGGAUUUUAGGGUUAUCUUUGGCGCCCCCUAGAACCUAAACCGUGGGGUGCAGCGUCAUGAUUUGAAUAACUUUUAAUGGCCAUGGGGUGUAGAUUGGCCUGAGCAAAUGUGGUGCCGGUGGAACGAAAGCCUUCGGAGGAGUUAGCGAAAUUCCAAUGUGUGCGGAUCGGCAAAAAAUGCGCAAUAACCCUUUAACCGUACAUUUGACAGAUACGCCCGCACUGACUUUUUUGUAGAUCUUAUUGAGAUACAUGUGUGUGUCAAUUUUUGUGUAAUUUUGACAAAGCGUACAGGCGUGACAGUCAAUAGUGUGAAUUUUCACCUUAUGGGACAAGAAAAAAUGGACUUUUUUCUCCUGCCAUGGGGGGGCGCUCUUUUGGGGAGUAAAAAUUCCUUCACAAAUGUGUUGAUGGCUGGACAUUGCAUCAUCCUAGAAAACUUGGAGGCCAGUGAGGGCAAAAAUAAAAAGUUAUAAGACUUUGAAAUAUGUGGAUUUUAGGGUUAUCUUUGGCGCCCCCUAGAACCUAAACCGUGGGGUGCAGCGUCAUGAUUUGAAUAACUUUUAAUGGCCAUGGGGUGUAGAUUGGCCUGAGCAAAUGUGGUGCCGGUGGAACGAAAGCCUUCGGAGGAGUUAGCGAAAUUCCAAUGUGUGCGGAUCGGCAAAAAAUGCGCAAUAACCCUUUAACCGUACAUUUGACAGAUACGCCCGCACUGACUUUUUUGUAGAUCUUAUUGAGAUACAUGUGUGUGUCAAUUUUUGUGUCAUUUUGACAAAGCGUAAAGGCGUCAGGUGAAUUUUUCACCUUAGGGGGCGCUAUGGAGCCAUUUUGCAUUGUAUUGUUUGGGCGACUUCAGAAUAUCAAAUUUUUCACCAGGCCCGGUCGUCCUGCCAAAUUUCAUGAGUUUUCGCCAGUGGGAAGUGGGCCAUUUUCCAGUUCAAAGGGGAGGAAAAAGAAAAAAGAAACAAAGAAAAACCACUUGGGGAAUAAUAGGGCUCUCGCAGCUGCUUAGCAGCUACGCUCGGGCCCUAAUAAUAACAAACUAGGGCCCCGUUGGGGCACUGGCGGGCCCGAGCCGCGUUGCGCCGCCCCCAGUGCGACCGCCUCCCCCUCCCGAUCGCGUCACACUCAAGGUCCAAAGAUGGUGUGCGCACUUGUCUGUGGUCAUUUCCCAUUAUAAUGAAUGGGAGGCGCAGUUUCUACCAAAACACUCGCUGCAGACAAACUACAUGUCCUAUUUGAAAAAAGUCUGGACCAUGAGUGAGGGCACAAACACAGCUAGGAUAUAUCCAAACGGCAAGUUGCUCCUCGUUACGGUGUUGCCGGGAGAGCGAUGCGAUUGAGCCAUUGAGUGAUGGGCAGGAAAAACUUGACUGUUUCUCCUGCCAUGGGGGAUGGGGGAUGGGGGAUGGGGGAUUGGGGGGGGGGAGGGAUGGGGAUUCUUUUAAGAAUGUGGAUAUUUGGGUCAUCUUUGGCGCCCCCUAGAACGUAAACCGUGGGGUGCAGCGUCAUGAUUUUUAAAACUUUGAAUGGCCAUGGGGUGUAGAUUGGCCUGAGCAAAUUUGAUGUCAGUGGGACGAAAGCCUUAGGAGCAGUUAGCCACAUUCCAAUGUGUGCUAAUCGGCAAAAAAUGCGGAAUAACCCUUUAACUGUACAUUUGCCAGAUACGCGCGCAUUGACUUUUUUGUAGAUCUUAUUGAGUUACAUGUGUGUGUCAAAUUUUGUGUCAAUAUGACAAAGCAUACAGGUAUGACAGUCAACAAUGUGUAUUUUCACCUUAUGGGACAAGAAAAAAUGGACUUUUUUCUCCUGCCAUGGGGGGGCGCUCUUUUGGGGAGUAAAAAUUCCUUCACAAAUGUGUUGAUGGCUGGACAUUGCAUCAUCCUAGAAAACUUGGAGGCCAGAGAGGACAAAAAUAAAAAGUUAUAAGACUUUUAAAUAUGUGGAUUUUAGGGUUAUCUUUGGCGCCCCCUAGAACCUAAACCGUGGGGUGCAGCGUCAUGAUUUGAAUAACUUUUAAUGGCCAUGGGGUGUAGAUUGGCCUGAGCAAAUGUGGUGCCAGUGGAACGAAAGCCUUCGGAGGAGUUAGCGAAAUUCCAAUGUGUGCGGAUCGGCAAAAAAUGCGCAAUAACCCUUUAACCGUACAUUUGACAGAUACGCCCGCACUGACUUUUUUGUAGAUCUUAUUGAGAUACAUGUGUGUGUCAAUUUUUGUGUAAUUUUGACAAAGCGUACAGGCGUGACAGUCAAUAGUGUGAAUUUUCACCUUAUGGGACAAGAAAAAAUGGACUUUUUUCUCCUGCCAUGGGGGGGCGCUCUUUUGGGGAGUAAAAAUUCCUUCACAAAUGUGUUGAUGGCUGGACAUUGCAUCAUCCUAGAAAACUUGGAGGCCAGUGAGGGCAAAAAUAAAAAGUUAUAAGACUUUGAAAUAUGUGGAUUUUAGGGUUAUCUUUGGCGCCCCCUAGAACCUAAACCGUGGGGUGCAGCGUCAUGAUUUGAAUAACUUUUAAUGGCCAUGGGGUGUAGAUUGGCCUGAGCAAAUGUGGUGCCGGUGGAACGAAAGCCUUCGGAGGAGUUAGCGAAAUUCCAAUGUGUGCGGAUCGGCAAAAAAUGCGCAAUAACCCUUUAACCGUACAUUUGACAGAUACGCCCGCACUGACUUUUUUGUAGAUCUUAUUGAGAUACAUGUGUGUGUCAAUUUUUGUGUCAUUUUGACAAAGCGUACCGGCGUGACAGUGAAUAGUGUGAAUUUUCACCUUAGGGGGCGCUAUGGAGCCAUUUUGCAUUUUCUUGUUUGGGCGACUUCGGAAUAUCAAAUUUUUCACCAGGCCCGGUUGUCCUGCCAAAUUUCAUGAGUUUUCGCCAGUGGGAAGUGGGCCAUUUUCCAGUUCAAAGGGGAGGAAAAAUAAUAAUAAUAACAAAAGAAGGAAACUACAGGAACAAGAGGGCUCUCGCAGCUGCUUAGCAGCUACGCUCGGGCCCUAACUAGGACCCCGUUGGGGCACUGGCGGGCCCGAGCUGUGUCGCGUCCCCCCCCAACGCGCUGCCUCCCCGUCCCAUUUGUGUCCUCUGGCCAUCGCCCUCUCUGGUAACGCCCAUCACUGCAAAGACCCUUUUCCUUCAUCGGCGUUUGCUGUUCUUCCUGCCAGUGCGUGUUGCUUUCACUUACACUUGCCACAGCCAGCCUCGUGAGUGCCUAGCCUAUUGGAUAUCACUGUCACCUACACAGGACAGUCAUUACCUUUCUAUUAAUACUUUGUUUUUUAAUUUCACAUUAAUUUCCAUAUUGUAUAAACAACUGGAAAAAACUUGAGCCCCUGCCCCUGUAUAAUCAUGUGCAGGUCUCUGUUCUAGCUCUAAGGUGAAUCUUCACUGCUCAUGUUCUCCUCAGAAGCAGUCACCUCACUCCCCUCAGGUUACUGUACACAUGCACCAACUACCUGCUUCAGGUUUGGAUGGAGCUUCAUGGUUGUCUUUUGGAGAAAUGACCAGUCAAGUUGUGUUUGAAAUUUGAUUUUUUUCAGGGGCAAAAGGAGCCUCUGCAUUGUUGUCAAAUAUGUAAAUAGCAUGUUUUUGCAGGUGCUAAAAACCAGACUCUGAGUGUGUGUGUGUGUGUGCGUGUGUGUGUGUGUCUGUGUGUGCGUUCAAGUCACAUGACAUAUUUAACCGGAUGUAGCUGCAAGAGGGAGCCUCGUUGACUCUCCGUUUCAAUUUAUCUCAAAAGUGAGGACCUCAACCUAUAUACCAGUUUUUAAAUUGUGUUGAUAGGCCAAAUAAAACCAGAGUUAUGAUAAAUUAUGUCCGCGAUACUUGUUUUCUGCUUAUUUUGAUCACGUUCGGCGCUCGAUCGCGCUGUAUGAGACAGGAAAACAUAGCAUGCAGACAUUAGCGACAGGUCUUACAGGCGGAAAAGGCUUGCCAAAGGAAAAAAAAUACACACCACAACAUCUCUCCUAUUGGUGGAAAACUUCACCACAACAACCAAUCCAAAAUUAUAUGGUGACUGAUUGACAAGGGGCGGGAACUUACGUUCUUCCUGCAAUAUGAGAAGGGAGGGAGGGACUCUCAGCAGGGAUGCAGUCUGGGACACGUAGUUGCAAACCUAGCGACUUUGUUGUUAGAUUCAAUGACUUUUCAGACCCCCUAACGACUUUUUUUUAGAAAGAAAGGGACUUUUAUCGACUUCUUCUGGAGUUUAGAGACUCUGACAUGAAGCAGGCUUUCCUUACUGAGGAGUUAGCAACGCUGCUAAGGGUGCAGAGCCACACAUGCGCUCAGAGCUCUGCAUGGGAGACUGAAGCUGACAGAGCUGCAGCAGUUAGCAGGUUUCACCCUCAGAGACCACCAGGGGUUCAUGUUGAGGCAUUUUAAUUUUUUUUUUUUUUUUGUGCCAUAGACACUGUCAGCACAAUCUGCAGUUACACUAACAAAAAUGCUGCAAAAAACAAAGAAUUAUGGAAAAAUUACACAUGGACUGACAUAGAGGAGGAUCUACACAAGUUUUUUACAUCAUGUUUUACAUCAUGCAUCAUUUACAUCAUGUUUUUUUUGUAGUGGCAUAAAUAAAAAGUGACAUUUGUGAGACUAUACAGUGUUUUGUAAAUAAUUUUACAAAGAACGCCUGGGCCAUUGCCUGCAUUUUGAUGUAAAUAGAGGUAAAUUACUAUGUUCUUUGUUAAAAAUUUGCAUAUGUUUUGAAGUUUACAAUUUUUAUUUGAAGUUUAAGUUUUAAAAACAGUUCAUCACACAUAUUUGUGGUUUAAUUUCACAUUAAUUUCCAUAUUGUAUAAAUGACUGGAAAAAACUUGAGCCCCUGCCCCUGUAUAAUCAUGUGCACGUCCCUGUUCUAGCUCCAAGGUGAAUCUUCACUGCUCAUGUUCUCCUCAGAAAUAGUCACCUCACUCCCCUCAGGUUACUGUACACAUGCACCAACUAUCUGCUUCAGGUUUGAAAUGGAGCUUCAUGGUUGUCUUUUGGGGAAAUGAGCAGUCAAGUUGUGUUUGAAAUUUGAUUUUUUUCAGGGGCAAAAGGAAGCCUCUGCAUUCUUGUCAAAUAUGUAAACAGCAUGUUUUUGCAGGUGCUAAAAAACAAACUCUGAGUGUGUGUGUGUGUGUGUCUGUGUGUGUGUGUGUGUGUAUGUUGGCAUGUGUGUAUAUGUGUGUGUAUCCUGCAGUACUCUGUACUCCUGCAGUGGCCAAAAAGACUUUUAAGAAUGUGGAUUUUUGGGUCAUCUUUGGCGCCCCCUAGAACUGCAGUACUCUGUACUCCUGCAGUGGCCAAAAUGACUUUUAAGAAUGUGGAUUUUUGGGUCAUCUUUGGCGCCCCCUAGAACUGCAGUACUCUGUACUCCUGCAGUGGCCAAAAUGACUUUUAAGAAUGUGGAUUUUUGGGUCAUCUUUGGUGCCCCCUAGAACGUAAACCGUGGGGUGCAGCGUCAUGAUUUUUACAACUUUGAAUGGGCAUGGGGUGUAGAUUGCCCUGAGCAAAUUUGGUAUCGGUGGGACGAAAGCCUUAGGAGGAGAUAGCCACAUUCCAAUGUGUGCGAAUCGGCAAAAAAUGCAAAAUAGCCCUUUAACCGUACAUUAUACAGAUACGCGCUCUUUGACUUUUUCGUAGAUCUAAUUGAGAUACACAUGAUUGUCAAUUUUUGUGUCAAUAUGACAAAGCGUUCAGGUGUGACACUCAACAAUGUGUAUUUUUAUGUAAGGGGACAAGAAAAAAUUGACUUUUUUCUCCUACCAUGGGGGGCGCUCUUUUGGGGAGUAAAAAUUCCUUCACAAAUGUGUUGAUGGCUGGACAUUGCAUCAUCCUAGAAAACUUGGAGGCCAGUGAGGACAAAAAUAAAAAGUUAUAAAACAUUUAAGAAUGUGGAUUUUUGGGUUAUUUUUGGCGCCCCCUAGAACCUAAACCCUGGGGUGCAGCAUCAUGAUUUGAAUAACUUUUAAUGGCCAUGGGGUGUAGAUUGGCCUGAGCAAAUGUGGUGCCGGUGGAACGAAAGCCUUCGGAGGAGUUAGCGAAAUUCCAAUGUGUGCGUAUCGGCAAAAAAUGCGGAAUAACCCUUUAACUGUACAUUUGACAGAUACGCGCGCAUGGACUUUUUUGUAGAUCUUAUUGAGUUACAUGUGUGUGUCAAUUUUUGUGUCAUUUUGACAAAGCGUAUAGGCGUGACACUCAACAAUGUGUAUUUUCACCUUAGGGGACAAGAAAAAAUGGACUUUUUUCUCCUGCCAUGGGGGGGCGCUCUUUUGGGGAGUAAAAAUUCCUUCACAAAUGUGUUGAUGGCUGGACAUUGCAUCAUCCUAGAAAACUUGGAGGCCAGUGAGGACAAAAAUAAAAAGUUAUAAGACUUUUAAAUAUGUGGAUUUUAGUGUUAUCUUUGGCGCCCCCUAGAACCUAAACCUUGGGGUGCAGCGUCAUGAUUUUGAUAACUUUUAAUGGCCACGGGGUGUAGAUUGGCCUGAGCAAAUGUGGUGCCGGUGGAACGAAAGCCUUCGGAGGAGUUAGCGAAAUUCCAAUGUGUGCGGAUCGGCAAAAAAUGCGAAAUAACCCUUUAACCGUAAUUUUGACAGAUACGGCUGCACUGACUUUUUUGUAGAUCUUAUUGAGAUACAUAUGUGUGUCAAUUUUUGUGUCAAUAUGACAAAGCGUACAGGCGUGACAGUCAAUAGUGUGAAUUUCCACCUUAGGGGGCGCUAUGGAGCCAUUUUGCAUUUUAUUGUUUGGGCGACUUCAGAAUAUCGAAUUUUUCACCAGGCCCGGUCGUCCUGCCAAAUUUCAUGAGUUUUCGCCAGUGGGAAGUGGGCCAUUUUCCAGUUCAAAGGGGAGGAAAAAGAAGAAAGAAAGAAAGAAAGAAAGAAACAAAGAACUAGGGCCCCGUUGGGGCACUGGCGGGCCCGAGCCGUGUCGCGCCGCCCCCAGCGCGACCGCCUACCCCUCCCGAUCGCGUCACACUCAAGGUCCAAAGAUGGUGUGCGCACUUGUCUGUGGUCAUUUACCAUUAUAAUGAAUGGGAUGCGCAGUUUCUACCAAAACGCUCGCUGCAGACAAACUCCAUGUCCUUUUUGAAAAAAGUCUGGACCAUGAGUGAGGGCACAAACACAGCUAGUAUAUAUCCAAAUGGCAAGUUGCUCCUCCUUUCCGUUUUGCCGAGAGAGCGAUGCGAUUGAGCCAUUGAGUGAUGGGCAGGAAAAACUUGACUGUUUCUCCUGCCAUGGGGGCUGGGGGAUGGGGGGAGGAUGUGGAUUCUUUUAAGAAUGUGGAUAUUUGGGUCAUCUUUGGCGCCCCCUAGAACGUAAACCGUGGGGUGCAGCGUCAUGAUUUUUACAACUUUGAAUGGCCAUGGGGUGUAGAUUGGCCUGAGCAAAUUUGGUGUCAGUGGGACGAAAGCCUUAGGAGGAGUUAGCCACAUUCCAAUGUGUGCGAAUCGGCAAAAAGUGCAAAAUAGCCCUCUAACCGUACAUUUGACAGAUACGCACCCAUUGACUUUUUCGUAGAUCUUAUUGAGAUACACGUGAUUGUCAAAUUUUGUGUCAAUAUGACAAAGCAUACAGGUGUCACACUCAACAAUGUGAAUUUUCACCUUACGGGACAAGAAAAAAUGGACUUUUUUCUCCUGCCAUGGGGGGGCGCUCUUUUGGGGAGUAAAAAUUCCUUCACAAAUGUGUUGAUGGCUGGACAUUGCAUCAUCCUAGAAAACUUGGAGGCCAGUGAGGACAAAAAUAAAAAGUUAUAAGACUUUGAAAUAUGUGGAUUUUAGGGUUAUCUUUGGCGCCCCCUAGAACCUAAACCGUGGGGUCCAGCGUCAUGAUUUGAAUAAAUUUUAAUGGCCAUGGGGUGUAGAUUGGCCUGAGCAAAUGUGGUGCCGGUGGAACGCCAGCCUUAGGAGGAGUUAGCGAAAUUCCAAUGUGUGCGGAUCAGCAAAAAAUGCGGAAUAACCCUUGAACCGUACAUUUGACAGAUACGCGCGCAUUUACUUUUUCGUAGAUCUUAUUGAGAUACAUGUGUGUGUCAAAUUUUGUGUCAAUAUGACAAAGCGUACAGGCGUGACACUCAACAAUGUGUAUUUUCACCUUAGGGGACAAGAAAAAAUGGACUUUUUUCUCCUGCCAUGGGGGGGCGCUCUUUUGGGGAGUAAAAAUUCCUUCACAAAUGUGUUGAUGGCUGGACAUUGCAUCAUCCUAGAAAACUUGGAGGCCAGUGAGGGCAAAAAUAAAAAGUUAUAAGACUUUUAAAAAUGUGGAUUUUUGGGUUAUCUUUGGCGCCCCCUAGAACGUAAACCGUGGGGUGCAGCGUCAUGAUUUGAAUAACUUUUAAUGGCCAUGGGGUGUAGAUUGGCCUGAGCAAAUGUGGUGCCGGUGGAACGAAAGCCUUCGGAGGAGUUAGCGAAAUUCCAAUGUGUGCGGAUCGGCAAAAAAUGCGCAAUAACCCUUUAACCGUACAUUUGACAGAUACGCCCGCACUGACUUUUUUGUAGAUCUUAUUGAGAUACAUGUGUGUGUCAAUUUUUGUGUCAUUUUGACAAAGCGUACAGGCGUCAGGUGAAUUUUUCACCUUAGGGGGCGCUAUGGAGCCAUUUUGCAUUGUAUUGUUUGGGCGACUUCAGAAUAUCAAAUUUUUCACCAGGCCCGGUCGUGCUGCCAAAUUUCAUGAGUUUUCGCCAGUGGGAAGUGGGCCAUUUUCCAGUUCAAAGGGGAGGAAAAAGAAACUAGGACCCCGGUGGGGCACUGUCGGGCCCGAGCCGCGUUGCGCCGCCCCCAGCGCGACCGCCUCCUCCUCCCGAUCGCGUCACACUCAAGGUCCAAAGAUGGUGUGCGCACUUGUCUGUGGUCAUUUCCCAUUAUAAUGAAUGGGAGGCGCAGUUUCUACCAAAACACUCGCUGCAGACAAACUACAUGUCCUAUUUGAAAAAAGUCUGGACCAUGAGUGAGGGCACAAACACAGCUAGGAUAUAUCCAAACGGCAAGUUGCUCCUCGUUACGGUGUUGCCGGGAGAGCGAUGCGAUUGAGCCAUUGAGUGAUGGGCAGGAAAAACUUGACUGUUUCUCCUGCCAUGGGGGAUGGGGGAUGGGGGAUGGGGGGGGGGGGGGGGGAUGUGGAUUCUUUUAAGAAUGUGGAUAUUUGGGUCAUCUUUGGCGCCCCCUAGAACGUAAACCGUGGGGUGCAGCGUCAUGAUUUUUAAAACUUUGAAUGGCCAUGGGGUGUAGAUUGGCCUGAGCAAAUUUGGUGUCUGUGGGACGAAAGCCUUAGGAGGAGUUAGCCACAUUCCAAUGUGUGCUAAUCGGCAAAAAAUGCAAAAUAGCCCUUUAACCGUACAUUUUACAGAUACGCGCGCAUUGACUUUUUCGUAGAUCUUAUUGAGAUACAUGUGUGUGUCAAAUUUUGUGUCAAUAUGACAAAGCAUACAGGUAUGACAGUCAACAAUGUGUAUUUUCACCUUAUGGGACAAGAAAAAAUGGACUUUUUUCUCCUGCCAUGGGGGGGCGCUCUUUUGGGGAGUAAAAAUUCCUUCACAAAUGUGUUGAUGGCUGGACAUUGCAUCAUCCUAGAAAACUUGGAGGCCAGUGAGGGCAAAAAUAAAAAGUUAUAAGACUUUUAAAUAUGUGGAUUUUAGGGUUAUCUUUGGCGCCCCCUAGAACCUAAACCGUGGGGUGCAGCGUCAUGAUUUGAAUAACUUUUAAUGGCCAUGGGGUGUAGAUUGGCCUGAGCAAAUGUGGUGCCGGUGGAACGAAAGCCUUCGGAGGAGUUAGCGAAAUUCCAAUGUGUGCGGAUCGGCAAAAAAUGCGCAAUAACCCUUUAACCGUACAUUUGACAGAUACGCCCGCACUGACUUUUUUGUAGAUCUUAUUGAGAUACAUGUGUGUGUCAAUUUUUGUGUAAUUUUGACAAAGCGUACAGGCGUGACAGUCAAUAGUGUGAAUUUUCACCUUAUGGGACAAGAAAAAAUGGACUUUUUUCUCCUGCCAUGGGGGGGCGCUCUUUUGGGGAGUAAAAAUUCCUUCACAAAUGUGUUGAUGGCUGGACAUUGCAUCAUCCUAGAAAACUUGGAGGCCAGUGAGGGCAAAAAUAAAAAGUUAUAAGACUUUGAAAUAUGUGGAUUUUAGGGUUAUCUUUGGCGCCCCCUAGAACCUAAACCGUGGGGUGCAGCGUCAUGAUUUGAAUAACUUUUAAUGGCCAUGGGGUGUAGAUUGGCCUGAGCAAAUGUGGUGCCGGUGGAACGAAAGCCUUCGGAGGAGUUAGCGAAAUUCCAAUGUGUGCGGAUCGGCAAAAAAUGCGCAAUAACCCUUUAACCGUACAUUUGACAGAUACGCCCGCACUGACUUUUUUGUAGAUCUUAUUGAGAUACAUGUGUGUGUCAAUUUUUGUGUCAUUUUGACAAAGCGUAAAGGCGUCAGGUGAAUUUUUCACCUUAGGGGGCGCUAUGGAGCCAUUUUGCAUUGUAUUGUUUGGGCGACUUCAGAAUAUCAAAUUUUUCACCAGGCCCGGUCGUCCUGCCAAAUUUCAUGAGUUUUCGCCAGUGGGAAGUGGGCCAUUUUCCAGUUCAAAGGGGAGGAAAAAGAAAAAAGAAACAAAGAAAAACCACUUGGGGAAUAAUAGGGCUCUCGCAGCUGCUUAGCAGCUACGCUCGGGCCCUAAAAAGAAACAAAGAAAAACCACUUGGGGAAUAAUAGGGCUCUCGCAGCUGCUUAGCAGCUACGCUCGGGCCCUAACUAGGACCCCGUUGGGGCACUGGCGGGCCCGAGCCGUGUCGCCCCCCCCCCCCCCGUGCUGCCUUCCCGUCCCAUUUGUGUCCUCUGGCCAUCGCCCUCUCUGGUAACGCCCAUCACUGCAAAGACCCUUUUCCUUCAUCGGCGUUUGCUGUUCUUCCUGCCAGUGCGUGUUGCUUUCACUUACACUUGCCACAGCCAGCCUCGUGAGUGCCUAGCCUAUUGGAUAUCACUGUCACCUACACAGGACAGUCAUUACCUUUCUAUUAAUACUUUGUGUUUUAAUUUCACAUUAAUUUCCAUAUUGUAUAAACGACUGGAAAAAACUUGAGCCCCUGCCCCUGUAUAAUCAUGUGCAUGUCUCUGUUCUAGCACCAAGGUGAAUCUUCACUGCUCAUGUUCUCCUCAGAAGCACUCACCUCACUCCCCUCAGGUUAUUGUACACAUGCACCAACUGCCUGCUUCAGGUUUGGAUGGAGCUUCAUGGUUGUCUUUUGGAGAAAUGACCAGUCAAGUUGUGUUUGAAAUUUGAUUUUUUUCAGGGGCAAAAGGAGCCUCUGCAUUCUUGUCAAAUAUGUAAAUAGCAUGUUUUUGCAGGUGCUAAAAACCAGACUCUGAGUGUGUGUGUGUGUGUGUGUGUGUGUGUGUGUGUGUGUGUGUGUGUGUGUGUGUGUGUGUGUGUGUGUGUGUGUGUGUCUGUGUGUGCGUUCAAGUCACAUGACAUAUUUAACCGGAUGUAGCUGCAAGACGGAGCCUCGUUGACUCUCCGUUUCAACUUAUCUCAAAAGUGAGGACCUCAACCUAUAUACCAGUUUUUAAAUUGUGUUGAUAGGCCAAAUAAAACCAAAGUUAUGAUAAAUUAUGUCCGCGAUACUUUUUUUCUGCUUAUUUUGAUCACGUUCGGCGCUCGAUCGCGCUGUAUGAGACAGGAAAACAUAGCAUGCAGACAUUAGCGACAGGUCUUACAGGCGGAAAAGGCUUGCCAAAAGAAAAAAAAAACACACCACAACAUCUCUCCUAUUGGUGGAAAACUUCACCACAACAACCAAUCCAAAAUUAUAUGGUGACUGAAUGACAAGGGGCGGGCGCUUACGUUCUUCCUGCAACAUGAGAAGGGAGGGAGGGACUCUCAGCAGGGAUGCAGUCUGGGACACGUAGUUGCAAACCUAGCGACUUUGUUGUUAGAUUCAAUGACUUUUCAGACCCCCUAACGACUUUUUUUUAGAAAGAAAGGGACUUUUAUCGACUUCUUCUGGAGUUUAGAGACUCUGACAUGAAGCAGGCUUUCCUUACUGAGGAGUUAGCAACGCUGCUAAGGGUGCAGAGCCACACAUGCGCUCAGAGCUCUGCAUGGGAGACUGAAGCUGACAGAGCUGCAGCAGUUAGCAGGUUUCACCCUCAGAGACCACCAGGGGUUCAUGUUGAGGAAUUUUAAUUUUUUUCUUUUUUGUGCCAUAGACACUGUCAGCACAAUCUGCAGUUACACUAACAAAAAUGCUGCAAAAAACAAAGAAUUAUGGAAAAAUUACACAUGGACUGACAUAGAGGAGGAUCUACACAAGUUUUUUACAUCAUGUUUUACAUCAUGCAUCAUUUACAUCAUGUUUUUUUGUAGUGGCAUAAAUAAAAAGUGACAUUUGUGAGACUAUACAGUGUUUUGUAAAUAAUUUUACAAAGAACGCCUGGGCCAUUGCCUGCAUUUUGAUGUAAAUAGAGGUAAAUCACUAUGUUCUUUGUUAAAAAUUUGCAUAUGUUUUGAAGUUUACAAUUUUUAUUUGAAGUUUAAGUUUUAAAAACAGUUCAUCACACCUAUUUGUGGUUUUCACAGUAAAAAUGUUACUUUUUUCCACUCGGAUUUUAUGUUUUGUGUGUGAAUUUGGGUCCAUUGUGUAAAUUCAGUAUGUCAACAUGAUAAAAUAACUGUAAAUUCGCACAGGUGAGGUUGUGCUGAAAAAAAUGAUACCAGGCAAGGCACGUGAUUGUCAAAUUUUGUGUCAAUAUGACAAAGCGUAUAGGCGUGAAUCUCAACAAUAUGUAUUUUCACCUUAGGGGACAAGAAAAAAUGGACUUUUUUCUCCUGCCAUGGGGAGGCGCUCUUUUGGGGAGUAAAAAUUCCUUCACAAAUGUGUUGAUGGCUGGACAUUGCAUCAUCCUAGAAAACUUGGAGGCCAGUGAGGACAAAAAUAAAAAGUUAUAAGUCUUUUAAAUAUGUGGAUUUUAGGGUUGUCUUUGGCGCCCCCUAGAACCUAAACCGUGGGGUGCAGCGUCAUGAUUUGAAUAACUUUUAAUGGCCAUGGGGUGUAGAUUGGCCCGAGCAAAUGUGGUGCCGGUGGACAGAAAGCCUUCGGAGGAGUUAGCGAAAUUCCAAUGUGUGCGGAUCGGCAAAAAAUGCGGAAUAACCCUUUAACCGUACAUUUGACAGAUACGCGCGCAUUGACUUUUUCGUAGAUCUUAUUGAGAUACACGUGAUUGUCAAAUUUUGUGUCAAUAUGACAAAGCGUAUAGGCGUGACACUCAACAAUGUGUAUUUUCACCUUAGGGGACAAGAAAAAAUGGACUUUUUUCUCCUGCCAUGGGGGGGCGCUCUUUUGGGGAGUAAAAAUUCCUUCACAAAUGUGUUGAUGGCUGGACAUUGCAUCAUCCUAGAAAACUUGGAGGCCAGUGAGGACAAAAUUAAAAAGUUAAAAGACUUUUAAAUAUGUGGAUUUUAGUGUUAUCUUUGGCGCCCCCUAGAACCUAAACCUUGGGGUGCAGCGUCAUGAUUUUGAUAACUUUUAAUGGCCACGGGGUGUAGAUUGGCCUGAGCAAAUGUGGUGCCGGUGGAACGAAAGCCUUCGGAGGAGUUAGCGAAAUUCCAAUGUGUGCGGAUCGGCAAAAAAUGCGAAAUAACCCUUUAACCGUAAUUUUGACAGAUACGGCCGCACUGACUUUUUUGUAGAUCUUAUUGAGAUACAUAUGUGUGUCAAUUUUUGUGUCAAUAUGACAAAGCGUACAGGCGUGACAGUCAAUAGUGUGAAUUUCCACCUUAGGGGGCGCUAUGGAGCCAUUUUGCAUUUUAUUGUUUGGGCGACUUCAGAAUAUCGAAUUUUUCACCAGGCCCGGUCGUCCUGCCAAAUUUCAUGAGUUUUCGCCAGUGGGAAGUGGGCCAUUUUCCAGUUCAAAGGGGAGGAAAAAGAAGAAAGAAAGAAACAAAGAAAAACCCCUUGGGGAAUAAUAGGGCUCUCGCAGCUGCUUAGCAGCUACGCUCGGGCCCUAAAAACCACUUGGGGAAUAAUAGGGCCUACGCCCGGCUGCUCUGCAGCUGGCUCGGGCCCUAAUAACAAAAGAAGGAAACAUGCAGGAACAAGAGGGCUCUCGCAGCUGCUUAGCAGCUACGCUCGGGCCCUAAGAAGAAUCCAUCAGGAAUAAUAGGGCUCUCGCAGCUGCUUAGCAGCUACGCUCGGGCCCUAAUGAUCCACUGAUAUUAGUAAGAAUUUCAAAGGGUCAAAUUCUUAACCAAACUGUGAUUUUUACACAUACUCCUACAUUUACCAUGCUACUAAAUGACAUUACAUUAGACUCAUCCUUUGUCUUGACAAUUGUCGUUGUUUCAGUCAGCCAACUUCAAUGUAUGAUGGGCUUUAACAUUAGCGUUUCAUUUUUUUAAAGACUGUCUUAAUGUAGAAAAUGUACCAGAACAUUAUAUAAAAGUGACCACAAACCAUAAAACUGACAGACAGGAAUUAUAACUGUAAACAGUUCUGUCUGUGUUGGUUAACAUGACAGGACCUAAAAAUGAUUAAAUGAACAUAAUAACUUAUUCACAACUGUGAGAAUGGUGCAAGAAAUUUUUACAUCUGUUAUUUUCUCACAGAGAAAACAACAGGUCUUUAGGUUUAAUACAGUUGUUUUAUUGUUUUGAAGUGUGGUUAGUAACAUGGCUACCGUUUAAGAAGUAAAUAUCAGUGUUAGCCUACAACAUCACAGAAGUAUUUGGGGGGACUUUGGGGGGGGGGGGUUGAUUAACAAAGGGACUUACCAGCAGGCACACAUGUCACAACUUAUGUCACAACCCUGACAUUAUUUCCUCAAACUGUCUUUACUUCCUGAAAUUCACAUUUGAUACUGUGCAUUUACAGGACAAGUCUAGAGUGUAAAACAAACCAAUCUCAUCUUCCUCAUAUUAUUUGAUUCUUUAAAUGAAAUGGAAAAAACUGUGAUACACAUCAUCCUCUUUGGAGUCAUUGCAGGUAAGUCAUCACCUCACACUUCAGCACGUAUAUUAAAAUUUUAUUCCUGCUGUGUUCAUCCAGGAAGGUGUUGCAGAAGGUUGUGCAAAUUUUUCAUUAAAAAUGACACAGAUAUAUUUUGUUCUAGUAAAUAGCUUUGGAUAAAACAUCCUUUUCAAUUAUAUAUUUUGUAAAUGAUAUGAAUGAAAAAUAAAUAUGCAAAGCAGCAAGUAGAGAUUCAGCCAACUCUUAAAGGACUUUAAAAACUAAAUCAACUUAAAUUUAAUUUUUUUAUUUUACUUAACAAAUUUCCAUUGUGUUCAUUAAAAACAAAUGCUUUUAAAACAAAUGUUUUUACUAAAAAUGUUUUGUUUCAUUUUAAUUCAAGAACAUGGUUAUCUUCAAUCUUUGUUGAAAUCACUGAAUAAAAAUUUGAUCAAAUCAUAAAAACAUUGACAAACUGAAAUACUAUUGACUUCCUUCAUUCAUCACACCUGUUUGUGUGUUUAAAUGCCUUCAGCAGAGAUCUUCUCAGACCUGUUUUUGUCUCUUCUAGGUGUAACCUAUGGAGUUGGUAUAUUACCAGACAGUCUGGAUGCAGCUGUUGGGGGGAAAGUGGAUUUCACCACAACACUGAGCCCAACAGAAAUCCCAUUCAUAAACAUUCGCUGGAAGUUUGGUGAUAAAGUUAUAAUCACUUCAAAUGUUAUUAACCAAACUGGAGAAGGAUAUGAGGACAGGAUCACCAUCUUCCCCUCUACUGGAUCUCUGGAGCUCAGGAAUCUGAGAGUUGAUGAUAGCGGAGAAUACUCAGUUAGGAUUUUAAUGGUUGGAGUGAAUGAGCCUGAGGGCACAACAACACUACGAGUUCAUGGUGAGCAAAUGUUUCACAUGUAUCUUUCAAAGUAUUAAUUAGUGAUUAUACACAGCAAAUGAUUAAGAAAUAUGUGAAUAUUAAACUUGUAAGGGGUUUCAUUUAGGGUCUUAAAAUAAACUUGCAAGCUUGAAAAUAACUCAGAAUCUAAAGACAGUUGUAGAGUUUUGAUCUUUUGAUUGUGAAGGAUCUUGUUUUUGGCUAAAAUUGUUGAUCAGAUCUGAUGAAACAACACCCUCAAAAUGUUUUAAUGAUCCAUUUCUGUGUGGCCCUAAAGUGUUAAAACUCUGAUGAGGACCUUUAAGUGUAAGAUCAAACAUUUCUAAUAUAUGUUAUAUGUUAUGUCAAUGUUUAGUCAGUUCCUUUUUAUAAGCAAUAGACUGUAUGGUGAUAAUUAAACUAUUCUAAAUCCCCAAAUAUUUUCUUCUUUUUUUAACAAAAAGUUUCAAAAUAAUCACAAGUCAAAUUCAACACAAACAUUUCAUAUUUCUGUCUCAGACCAGAUGACUAAAGAUAUGAAGGCACAGUAAAAUGAUACACAGACUCCAGUGUAAAGAUAUCACAGUGACAUGUGGUUCAAAGCUCAAACAUUUGUGGUCAAACUAAUGUUUCACAGAUGGAGAAACACUGACAGACUUAAAGUGCAUCACCAUGAAAACUUAAGGCUGAGUUCUUACUGACUGUGGUAGUUCAAAGCUUUCGGUCAGAUAAUUUCAAAGAAGUUUUGUUCUCAUAUUUAGUUCAGACUUUCUGAUGGUGUGAAAUUGGACUGCUGUGCACUCUGUUAAAAAUGGUCACUGCAGUUUCCCUCUGCUCUGCUUUUGUUAAACGGUAAAAAUAAAAAACAUUUUCUUUCUCACAGUGCCAAUCACUGAUGUUGAAGUCAGUGCCAGCAGCACAGACGUAGUGGAGGGUAGCUCGGUGCGUCUCUCCUGCUCCGUCACCUCUGGAUCCUCCCCCUCUUUUCUCUGGAUGAACGGCUCCUCUGAGGUCACAGCCAGUGACAGAGUCCAGUUCGCUGAUGAAGACUCCACUCUCACCAUUACUCCUGUGAUCCACUAUGAUCAGGGGAAUUAUAGUUGUUUUGUGUCCAGUCUUGUCAGUGUUGGCACCAGUGGUCCAGUUUACCUCUCUGUAAGCUGUGAGUGUUUUACCUUCAUAUCCAGAACUUUAUCUGAAUCCCUCUGAUUGGAAACGUCAUCUUUAAAUAAUCUUUAAAUCCUUUUACUGUUGUUUUCCCCCAUCACUAGACGGCCCUGAAAAUACAAAACUAAACUUAUCUUCACCACAACACUUUGAGAUUGGAUCAGACAUCAGCCUGUUCUGCUCAGCUGACUCCAGACCUAAAGCUCACUUUAACUGGUUUCUGAAUGGAGACCAGCUGCCUGGUACUGGAGAAGAGCUGAAGCUGAUCGACAUUCAGGAGAGACAGAGUGGAAACUACAGCUGCCAGUCCUUUAAUAACAAAACUCUGAGAAGUGACACAUCGAUGCUGUUAUCAGUGUCUGUGCUGAGUGAGUUUAAAGACUAGCUUUGUUUAAAAAAAGGCAAAUGGAUGAAAUUUAACCUUGAUUCAAAUGUAAAAAGGAUGCACUAAAAUCUGUGGAACAUAAACACAUUAACACUGGCAUGAGACUGUGGUUUUGCUCACAGGGACAACUGAGAGGUCGCAGAUUUAAAAUGAUAAACUUUUUUGAAGCAAGUAAUGGAUAAAAUCACUGCAUAGUUUGUAUGCACAGGUUUAAUGACACAGCUCUUAUUCACAUUGUAGUUUCAUAAUUAUUUUAUUUUUUCUCCCUUUCUCAUGUCAACUCUCCCAGACCCAACACCACCUCCACUAAACCCCUGUGGGCCUGGUUGUAUUGCUAGAAUAGUAAUUGCAUGUCUUGUGGUCAUUGGAUCAGCCUGCGGUGUCGGGUUCUACUUUUACAAGAAAAAGUAAGUAAAAAGUAGCUUUCAUACAAUAUCAUGAUUAAUUUGCUAAAGUCAUGUCUAUCUAAUGUCUAAGGUACACAAGAAUGACUCAUUAUUUCAUCUCUAAACAGAAAAAUCCAAAAAAUGUCCUCUCCCAGUGCAGGUAAGGUGUAUACUGUAUGAAGUAUGGAUUGUAUUUUUUCACAUAAGUACAGACACUGGGUUGAUUGUGUGAGUGAGCUGAUUUACUGCACAUAAAGGUUAAUGAGUCAUUUCUAUUAUGGCAUUGUCUGUGACUUUUCAUCAGAAUUUAAAUGAGUCGUCUUGCAGCACUUCUGCUUUCCCCAGUAGCAAUUUUUAGGUCUAUUGUACAACGCUAACUCAUGACCUUAUGAAGCUUUUGAAAAAAAAUGACUUGCCAUGUCCUGAUUAUCGUGACAGGAUAGAUUAAUGUGGUCUCCUCUACAUGAUUAACAAAACUCCAUUUCAAAGUACCAAAAAAAGUGCUCAAAGCCCCGCCCCUUCUCUCUUCUCAUUGGUAGUUGAUAGUUGCAAGAAGUGACAUUGAAAAGCAUAGCAGCAGUGUUCCUCAAGUCAAACCAUUUUCAACUGAGUACUUACCCACACCUGACAAAAAACGGCUGAUGCUGAAAAUCUGUUAUUGCUGAAAAUGUUGAACUGAAACCCUGUAUUAUCCUCUGUUCUGUUGUCAAAACUGAGCCAAUACCAACUUGCUAGCUAGUGCUAGAACAAAAAAUACUGUUCUCUGAACUGUUUGUUCACACUGAAAGUGUUUAUAUAAGGCGAUCACAACUUUAACAAAAGUUUGUUUUUCUUACAGUGCAACUGCAACAACCACAGAGAGAAGAACCUGUUUAUGAGAACGAAAAUACGAAAGAAUAUAAAAACAUAUAGACUCAACGUUUUCACCCAGGAAGAUUUUUUUUCUACUUUACACCAGAUAAAAUUUUAAAUACUGGUAAAUGAAAUCACAAUCUAAUGCAGAUACAUAACAACAGAGAAAGUAAAGCAAAUAAGUAAAACAUUUAAAAAAGUUUUCCUGGUAUAACUAAAGGGGCAAAUAUGUUUGAAUUUAACUGUUUAAUGUUGUUACCAUGUUUGUGAAUGUAGCAUUAUUUUCAGUGUAAACCUAGAAUAUAUAUAUAGAGAGAGAUUAGAUUUUAGAAGAUGCAGAAUCAUCUAGAAAUAUUUUCUUCUUCAUGUGAUUCUCACAGCGACUCUACACAUAAAUGUGUUAAGAUGAAAUUAUGAAAUUCUGGCACCUGUGGUAAGGUAUGUUGUGUGUUUUGUACACCUUUUAAAGGUUUAAUAUAUGGCAUUGUUAGAGGAAUAGAAUAUAAGAUUGAGAACACUUAGGCAAAGCCUUGUCAGAUAUAAAGAUAUGGUUUCGCACGUCACUUUUGUUGUUGUUGUUAUUAUUAUAAUUAUUAUCGUUAUGAGGUCAGGGUUAAGGUUAGUAUAUAACUGGUUUGACCUUCAGUACAGUGUUUCAAAAAAAAAAAAACAACCUCACAAAUUAACUCCAACCGUUUCACAAAUCACCAAAUAUAUGUAAAUAUUUUAGUCUUUUUAUACAACUGUAUGACAAAAGAAGCAAUAAAAUGAGUCACCAUGGUUGUGAACCUUGUUUGUUUCAUCAGUGAUUACUGAAAAGUUUCCAUUAUGUUGUCUCUCCAUCUGUCGAGUUCAUCACAACAUACAAAAAUUAAUCUUUGGAUAGAUGGUUUAAAAUGCAUAUUUAAGGCUAUACAGAAGCAUCUUUUUUUUUAAAUCUACACAUAAUAUAUACGAGAAAGAAAUAGUUUUUGGGUGAAAUGAAGUUGUACUUAGACUGAUGAGAUACAACUUUCAGACUCCAGUCCAAAAUGUCCUCAUUGUAAAGACAGGUCACCUUUGUGCCAAAAAAAUGCAAAAAAAGGGCCAUGUGCUGCCCUCUUAUGGUGCAACAUAUUAUGACAGCCAGGGGGAUAGGUCACAUCUAUCUAUCUAUCUAUCUAUCUAUCUAUCUAUCUAUCUAUCUAUCUAUCUAUCUAUCUAUCUAUCUAUCUAUCUAUCUAUGAUCCUAAUGUUGAAUAUUCAUGUUGUCUGUGAUUUUGAAGCUGUGAUAAUCUAUGUGCAUCAUUUUCUAGGUGAUUAUUAAGCUAAUUUAUAAUCGUAUGGCAGUAACAAAGGUUGCAUGAGUCAGAAAACAUGUCACACCCUGACAUGGCUCGAACAUAUUUAGACGUAAGAGGAAACUGUUUGACAGCUCAGAGUUUACACGUGUGUGUUUUAUCUGCUCCUUCCUUUUUUUUUUAUAGUUACUUGACUUUAAAGUCAUAAAAUGGGACCCAGAACAAUUUUUGAAGUCAAAUCAUAAGAGACAACAACAACAGAAGACAUAAAAACGUUUUCAUGUUUAUGUCUACGAGCUGUGAAAAGUAUAAUGACAUGAGGAGUGGGUUGGAAUAAUCUUAGACCUUUGUUCGUCUUCCAGUAACAGCUCUGGAGGCUCAGAAAGAAAAAAAAAUACUCAGAUGACAAUGAAUCUGAAUUUCACCACAAAAAGGACCUUACUAAGCUGAAUACUACAUGGUUAUUCCUAUCAGAUCAUUGUGGUACACCUUUUUUGAUAUAGUUAAAAUCAAACAUUGAAGAAAUGAUCCCCUCAGUGUUGUGGUUUUAUUAUUGUUCAUAGUCCAUAUUGUCAAUAAUUGACAAAGUGAUAACAGUGAUUCAGGCAGGAAAACCGUCCACAUUACUUCCUUAUUCGGGGCUAAUUUUCUGAUACCCACAUCCUGACAUUCCAGUAACUGCUGAGAAGAUGACUUAGUUUGAACUAUGUAUCGCUCUUUGCUGUGAAACGCUCGAUAGUCCAGAUGAAAUGGAAACAGCAGCUGUAACCAUCAUCAUCCUGGGAAUCUUUACAGGUGAGCUAUCAGCAUGAUACAGCACAUAUGGAGAUUUUCUACUGUUGUCUCGUUUUGUUAUGUUUUUCAGCAGCUUCCACUAUAGAGUUUUUGACCUCACAUCAUCAGGAUGGUUAUAUUGUUAAUUUGCUCAAAUACAAUCUUUCAAAACUAAAUAACUCAUUAUAACACAAAUGCAUCAUGACUCAUGAGUCAAUACCAUAAAUGAAGUAAUACUGUAAAUAAUGGUUUCUGUUUGCCCACAUAACAGUAGUCCAUUAUCUUUAAAUAGUGUAAAAACACACACUUGAUACUACCUGAUAGUGAUAUCAGAUGCUGGCUUGUUUUGUUUAAACUGUGUCUCAACAAAUUGAGUAAAAUGUUUACAAUAUUAGCUUUAGUUUGAUGUACUUAAUUAUCUGUUCAAUUCAGCAUACACCUGAAUUUUUCCUCCCCUUGAGAAAAUGCUGUCAGAGAGAAAAUAAGCCUGUGGUUUCUCCGAUAAAUUUAUCUUCCUUUAACAUUUUAGCCAUUGUUUUCUUCUGAACAAGUAAACGUGUUCAAUAUAUGACCAUCUCUCUGAUGAAACACUCAGGGUGGGGAGCUCAAAUGAUUUAACAUAAGGUCACCAGGCGUGUCGUAUGAUUAAUUUCCUGGAUGUUUGAGCAGAUAUUUUAAUUCCACCUCACUGACUGGUCUGAAGACGAUACAUCACACACACGCACACAAAAAAACUAUCGAAAUUGAGCACAAUUUCCCAUGGUAAAACACAUGAUAACAGAGUCAGCAGGUCACCUAUGCUAAAUUGAUUUGUCGAGUGUGGAAAACAGCAGCAGAGCUAGCAAUACUAGCUGCGGCGGUCCUUCCUGCAGGUUCAUGUCUGUGCUGGCUCUGCAUUGCUGGUUGAGAGGGUGUAUGCCAGUAUAACCUGAAACAAACAUCUCUGUCCCCAUUAUCAGGAUCAAAACACUAUCACACUUCGAUGGUAACUUGUUGCACCUUCUGGCUCUUACUACCAACAGUUCUUUCAGUUGUUGAUCAAUGUCCGGUGUGAAAUUUUUAACCCGGAACAAAUCACUACAACACUUAAAUUUACAUGAAAGUAUUUAGAGCUUUCCAGCCUGAGUAUCAGAGGAAAACGUGGUCAUUUGAAAUAAAAUAAACUUAUUGAAGAAAGCAGCUGGUGUUUUGAGUAGAAUAAAUAACAAUACAAUUCUUUUAGCAUCAUUAAAUUGUGUCCUUAGCUCAGAUGUCUUUCUGUGUAUUUCAGGUUUAUCCUGUGGAGAUGGUGUGUUGCCUGACACUCUAAAUGCCUUAGUUGGAGAAAAAGUGAAUUUCAACACUACACUGAGCCAACCUGAAGAGCCAUUUAUUUUUAUAAACUGGAAAUUUGGUGAUCUAGAAAUAAUCGCUUCAGGUGUUUCAAACAGUACUGGACCAGGGUAUGGCAGCAGGAUUACUCUCUUCCCUUCCACAGCUUCUCUGGAGCUCAGGAAUCUGGCUGUUGGAGACAGUGGGGAGUACAGAGUAAUCAUUAUACCGUAUGAUAAACCAGCCAGACAUGGAAGCACAAGACUACAAGUUUACAGUAAGCAGAUGUUUCAAAACAGCCUUUUCUGAUGCUUGGACUAUAAUCAGGUAGAUUUGUAAAAGUUUUGAUCAUUUAAGCAUCCAAAAGUGGCCAAUAAAUGCAUGUUGUAGUGUGUAUGUUUUGAGAGUGAGUCAUCUAGCCUUUUUUGUAUAUCUUUACUUUUGUAUUAUUACUAUUACUGCAUGGUUAAAUGCUGCUAACAUCCUGGAGCUUGUUUCUAGCCUCAACAGUACUGUACUGUGUGACAUAAUGUGUCUUUUUUAGUCAAAAAUUCACAGUAAAUAAAAGUCCUUUUCACUCAUAGUGCCAGUCUCAAACGUGGUGGUUGCUGACACCGACACAGACUUGGUGGAGUUCAGGGACUCUGUCCGUCUCUCCUGCUCCUCCUCUGGGUCGUCCCUCUUUUUCCAGUGGGUGUUCGGCAUCAAGGCAGUUACAGCAAAUGACAGAGUUCAGCUGACCAAUGGUGGCGCCACUCUCACCAUAACCAAUGUGACCCGCCAUGACCACGGACGAUACUUCUGUUCUGUAUCUAACUCUGCGUCAAGAGGAGUUAGUGAGAUUGUGAGCCUCGACGUCAGCUGUGAGUUACCAACUUGCACAUUCAAUGCUCUCUCCAUCCACAUCUGCAUGUAAAUGAACAAACAGGUUUCAAAACUGCAGCUUCUUUAGGAUUAUUGUUUCAUAUUGUGAGGAAAGGUCUUAAUAGACUGUGAUGAGAUGUUUCCUUUUUAGGUUGGUUUACAAUUUUUUUUUUCAAACUUUAGGAGUCUUUUGUGGGAAGAGCCCAUUAAUUUAACUGGAAUUACAUCCAUUUGUGGUCCCAAAAGAUUAAGUUGGUAUAUUAGUGUAAAAUGCUAAUGCUGGUUUCUUACUGACUGGUUUAGCUUGUCGUUUUGUUUGUAUCUUCUUUUUGAAGUUGGCCCUGAAAACACCAAUAUGACGCUAUCUUCAACACAAGAGUACUUUGAGGAAGGAUCGAACUUUAACAUGUCCUGCUCAGCUGACAGCAGACCUGCUGCUGUGUUUAACUGGUUUUUAAAUGGAGAAAUGCUGCCUGAAACUGGACCUGAGCUCAGACUGAUGUACCUUAACACAAAUCAGAGUGGAAACUACAGCUGCCAGGCUGUUAACAACAAGACCCUGGCAAAUCAAAUGUCUCAGUCCUCAGUUAUACAUGUACUCGGUAAGUUUAUUUGUUUUUUUACAUUUUGCUUUAAAUCAAGAACAAAGUUUUUCUUUAAGCUAAUUCUACAACCACAUAUUUUUCGACCCACAGAGAGAAUCUCAGGGGCUUCAGUCAGACCAUCAACAAACCAGGCGAUGGAGGGGAACUCAGUCAACUUAACCUGUGAUGCAGCUGGAUCUGUGUUUAGCAGAGAGUGGAUGAAGGACGGAUCAAAUCUGACUGACGCUGACAACAUCAUAUUUUAUGAAGAGAACAGAGUGCUGUCCUUUCAGCCUCUAACCAGAGAAGACAGCGGAGAAUAUUCCUGUAAAGUCAACAACCCCGUCAGCAAUGAGGAAGCUAAAUUUGUUUUGGCUGUCAUCUGUAAGUGAGACACAGCUACACUGACUAUUAAAGUGAGCUUUGUUUGUCUAACGUAGGCUUUUUGUCACCUUCUAAUCAGAGUGAGUCUUGUUUGGAAACUCUUUCCUGUUUUUAAUCCUGCAUCUGCUUUACAUGAUAUCUACUUUGUUUGCCUUUCAUAUACUGAUUCAGAUUUAUAGGACAAUCAUUAAAUAGCUUCUUUUGUUACAUCAGGGGAAAUCUAUACCUUUUUUUUUUUCAGAUGGACCAGAAAAUGUUCAAAUCAAAGGUCCAAGGGAGGUGAUUCUUGACCAAACCUUCACAUUAACCUGUACUGCUGAGUCCACACCAAAUGCUGCCUUCACCUGGAUACUGAAUGGGACAGUGAUAUACAACUUGGCUCAGUACAUCCAAAACAACACUAAACACGCCGACAGUGGGAACUACACAUGUGAAGCCAGGAACAGAAUAACAGGAAGAACAUCGUCUGCUGUGCAUGGAUUAACCGGUAAAUAUGUCCAUCUGUCUGUCUGUCUGUCUGUACGUUAUCCUGAAUACAUGUAGGUAUGCGUGCAAACAGACUGAAAUGAAUACUGGUGUCUGUAGGAGAGCAAAUAAGACUCUUAGAAAGAAGAUUAAUUUCUAAUAUAUCUAUCAUCACAACAGAGACCAUAAAUACCUUAGUUAAAUAUCUAAAUAUAUUGGACUGAUAGUGAUAAUAAGAAGCACAGUGAGAUUUCCAACUCCAACAAGUAGUGAAUAAAAUCAACAAAGAAAUAAGAUGCAUCUCUUCAUCCAACAGGGUCUGCAAAAGUGACACAUAUAGAAAGUUCAUGACAGUUUGUAAUUUCCACCUGUGGGACUAAUAAAGGAACAUCUUAUCUUAAAGUGUUUAUAUUGUGUAGAGGGAAAUGUAGAGAGAGCAGGUUGUGACACAGAAUGUUAAUAUAAACAGUCCUUCCAUUUCCUCAGCACUCCCAUGGCUGAGGUAUAUUGUUAUAGGCUCACUUGUAGGCCGAAUUAGCUUCAGACUUAAUGAUUUAAUUUACUGUUGACAAUGAAUGUUAAUGUAAUCCCUCUGACAUUUGAACUGAUGCAUAAAAUGACUGCAGCCCUGAUUAAGUUCUGCUGCCUGGUAACUGUUAAAGCUGGUGUGAGAAGUUUUUGGCUGGCUAUGAAUCAGACUGACAUUGAUAUCCAUGGCUAUUUAUGACUUGAAAAGCAAACCAGAACAUCAGUGACAAGAUUGUUUAUUUCUAUCUACUGUAAUUAUUUGUGUUUUUCAAAACUGUUGGCGUACAUGAUAGACAAAUUCAUUGACUCCAGGCUGCUGAAACAGUCGUUUUACUUUCAUUCUCCCUGGCAAAGAUGUCCAGUGAGUUUUAAAAUGAGGCGUUUUUGUCAGACACACACAGUUUACACGUGUACAAGACAGAUUAACGAAGAGAGAAGAGGUACCUCUACGUCCAAAAAAAAAAAUAAAAUGUCCUAGACUCCUUUUCUUCAGAUUCAUUUGAUUUGAUGUGUGGAGUCAGGCUGUUGAUUUGUAAAGAUAAAUCAUAGCUGUUAUGGGUUUUUAACCAAUCAGAAUAAAGUAUUUCGCACACCCGGGUAUUAAGACUAAUAUUUCAGCAUCUGUAUUUGUCAUUACGUGCUGUUUAUUUUCUGUUUUAAUAUUUUUUUUUCCUUUUUUCCCCCCAUGUAUCUCAGUGAAAGAUCCUGAAGGUCUUUCUGCAGGCGCCAUUGCAGGAAUAGUGAUCGCAUGUUUAGUGUUUGUUGCCUUAGCAGUUGGAGGAGGAAUUUUUAUUUUCAAACAGAAGUGAGUAAAAUACAAAAUGUCUCUAAUUUUCUUUGUAAAUCGUGCGCAGUUUUGAUUUGGAGAUUCAUUCAUUUUGCACAUUUAAACAAUGUUUUAUUCUCAAAUUCAGAGCCAAAAGGAAACCUAAGCCAAUGGAACAAUCCAACAAGACAACAAGUAAUCGUAAGUGCUAACCUGGACACUUUUUCCUGUGUUACCAUGGCAAUACAGACAAAACUACAUGAGGUAUCGGGUACUCUUUAACAAAGAUGUUGUUUUGUUACAGUGCCGCUUGAACCGCAAAUACAGGAGGAGCAUGUGUAUGAGGAUCUAUCGAUAUAUGAGAACGCAUAAGGUCGCUGGUUUCUUCCCUGUGGAGGCAAACGUUAAACUCACCAUGGGACGAUGGGAUACAUGAGGAUGGAAACCAAUAAAGUAUCCGUCAAACGCUGAGCUCUCAGUUAACAGCAGUACUGAAAGUUUUUUUCUUAAUCUUGCAGAUGUUAAAAAAAAAUGAAUAUAAUCAUUUAUUGCCUUUUGUGCAAAGACAAGAGGCGAUCUUUAUACCUCAUUAUACCUUUAAUUUUUAUGAUUGUGUGUUGUCAAAGUCAUUCAUAAUUGAAUAGAGUGAAUAUUAGAAGUAACAGGUUAGCUUCUGUUCUGACAGGGUUAUUAAUAAAGGCAAUACCGAUGUGUGAUUGCUGGUGACAAUAACAAGAGAACAGGCAGCUGUGUAACUCCAUCGUCUUAAUAAAGUGGGAUUAAGCUGGACGCUUUUUUUCAGGUUAUGUUACAUUAACAUGUAAAUUGCAAUUUAAUUUUUGCAGUAAAAACAAUAAAUGAAUGUGAUACGUCUUGCUCUGUUGAGGAGAAAGAAAAAGGUAAAUGCACAUGUAUUUAUUGUUGGUGUCUGAUUUUUGAGUAAAUAAAAAAGCUUCUGUUUGGUCUUGAGAAGAUUUUGGUUUUAAAUCCAUCCCCCUUAAAUAUUCUCAAAAGCUCCAAAAUUGAUACUGAAGACUGCACAGAGCAACUCUGGAGCUCCAUUUAAUAUAUGUGCCAAUCGUCAAUAUUUUACUUAAAUGCUUUCUGUAUCACUCAGAGUCAAAUGUGAAAAAAAUGAAGAUUUUCUGGGAUUUAAAAGGGCAACUAAACAUCUGUAAAAUAUUAACUCAUUUAACAGGUCAGACCUCAAGAAAGAGGUCACAGGUCAACGUAGCUGAAAGAUCUAAAAAGACUUCUUGUCGUCUGUAACGAUCUUGAGAAGAGCGAGUUAAAAGCAGACCAGAGACUUUCUGAACGGCUUUGGACCUUUUUUUUUUUUUCCAGAUCAAACAGAUAACAAAUCGUUCAUUUUCUUCAUUUUCCAUAAAAAAACAGUCAAACUCAUGGUCCACACAUUAUAAAUGUAGAACAGCAAUAAAUAAUUCAGAUUUAUGUUUGACGCUGUCUGUUUUCAUUUACAAAAACAUGCGGAUUUCCUUCUGUUUGUACAUCACACUAAAGAGGAGUGCGUGUAUUUGGGCUCAGACCUGUUUUCAGACAGGAUUUUGAAAAUAUAUAAAUAAAUAAUUAAAAAUAAACCAUAGAUACAUCAUUGAAAGAAGCACCAACACUAGGCACUUCUGUGUCUUUCUGUGUCUGAAAGAGAAUAGAUCGAGAUUUUGUUUUGAAAAGGGCAGAAAAUCAAAUGCAUGCGUUUAUAACAUGACAUGAAAGUCUUAACCCUUUAAUGCCUGAAACCACAAAUUAUGGCCAGAAAAUUCAGAUUUUUUUGGAGCUGAAAUGUUUAUCUCACUUACUACUGAAAACCAAAAAAAUUAAAAUGUCCUUAAAAUUAAACAAAUAUAUUUAUUUAUCUCGUUUGAUACAUUAGAUGUUUUUGGAAACUGAUAAACUACAAGAGGGCAUUUUUAUCAUUUAUCGGAUUGUAUUCAGGUGUUUUUUUAGUAAUUUGUUGAUCAUGUUGAUUUGAUAGAAGUAUAAAAAAGUAUGUAUCAAAUUUGAUACACAGGCAUUAAAGGGUUAAAGUUGUGAUGAGUGCAUAUUUCUAAGUACAGUACCUUCUGGAACUAUUGACGCCACUAUUCUAUUGAAAAAGGGGGUUUGGUUUGGUCUGUCUGUCUGUUCUGUGUACUUUACAGUGAACUAAUGUACACUUUGUGAAUUUUUAUGAGCUCUGACUGGAUUCUGUGGCUAUUUUCCAAGUCUGUAAAUUGACAAAGAUGUUGCAUGACUCCUUAUGUAAAGAGUGUUGUAUCACAUAAAAAUCCAGUUUCUGUUUUGAGUUAAAAAUGUGAAAUUAAGUGAAAGAUAGGAAUUGGUUUAUUAAGAUACGUAUACAUUUCCGUAGAGAUAGUUUUUUUUUGUUUUAUAGAUCAUCCCAAAAAAUGUGCAUUUCCCGUGAUAAACUGAGGAAGGAAAACAUCUACAAGUGAACUUGAAGCUUAUCUGUGCUUUGGUUGAGUGGUAUUAUAUUUCUCUGUGAGUGAGACAACUCUCACUUGAGUUUUACCUCCUAGAUUGUUCAUUUAAAUAUCAGGAAAUAUUGAAAUUUUGUACAGUAUGUGAACAUUUCACAGUUUCAGCCCGAAUGAAAGUGAAUAUAAAGCAACAACGAUAAACAUUAGCUAAAUAAAGUGAAGAGACCCUUUAUGAAAUAUUUCUGUUGUCUUUCAGUUUCAAACCGAGAGUAUCUGCAGAUACUGAAGUUGAGUUUCUAAAGGAGUCAAAGUGUCGCGUGACUCUUUGAUCCUCCUCGUACAGGAAUGCCUCGGCUCACUGCAGCUCCUCAAACAUGACCCUGUGACAGACCCAAAACCACUCACCGAAGAGCUCGUAAAGUGAUGCUCAACACGUCUCCACCACUGUGACUCACACUUCUGCAGCACGUACCCUUAAAAUAAACCCAGAGUACUCAUAUGAUUUUACAGCUUUGACAUUGUUAUAGUGAGUAAAUUAACUUGUAUUUGAAAUUAAAUCAUAUCUCAGUGUGUGCAUUUUUAGAUCACUUGGCUAAAUACUGAUCAGGUCAGACUGAGACAAAAGUGUACAUCAAAUACAGUUAAAGUUUUUUUUUUGUUAAGUUCUCAGCCUUUACAAAACCAACACAGCAUGAAAUUUUGAUAAUCAAGCAAUCACAACAUUAUGUUUUCUUUUUUGUUUUUUUUUAAAGCUCCUGUGAGGAGUUUUUGAACUUUAUAGAAAUAGACUAAAAUUCCUAAAACUGGUUCAAUGAUGUAGAUGUCAGCCGAGUAGCUCAAGAAACAGCCUAUUUCCACAUAAAACACUCACAGUAAAUGAUACGUCAUGAUGUUACAUGUAUGGAUUGCUUUUACAUACAUACAUUCUCAGAAUAUAUGAAGGUGUAGGUUUGGAAAGUGUAUGAAUUACCCAUAUGACAUAUUUAUAUUGACAUAAAUUAAAAAUAUACACAGAUAUAUGAUCUGUUGUGCUCUUUAGUAUAAUAUUUUUAUUAUUACUCUUCAGUCAAGUGAAUCAAAUCAGGGGUCAUUGUGACAAAAACUAUCAGGUCCAGCAGAGCCCUUCAGUCUGAGUCCAGGUGACUCCUGAAAGAACAUACACCCACGGGCAUUUUGGUGUGUGUGCACAGCGGCAUCGUAAACAGCAUGUGUGUGUUUCAUCCCUGAGUGGGGGCUGGAGUCGGCUCUGUUCUGUGGGUGUGGGACAAUAAAAGAGCAGGAGUGUAUGUGAGUUUUCAUUUAAGAGAGAGCUGGCAGACAGCAUGGGGGUGUUGAUGAUCAUGGAGAACAGGAUGCUGAGGAUUACUACUUUCUUGAUGCUCCUCUUUUCAGGUAGAUUCGAUUCAAUCAUUCAGUGAAAUGCAUAAUGAAGUCAGUUUUGCUGUAUUUUAUUUCAACGGACAUAAAAGUCCUAAAUGUCUCUUCAUCUUAGGUACCUGUGAGGGCGAGGGUAUCUUACCUGCAGGACCCCUGAGUGGAGCAGUUGGGGGCAAAGUGAUGUUCACCACCACCCUCAGACCUCCAGAAAGUCCUUUCCUCUCAGUCAGCUGGAACUUCAAAGGCGUGAACAUCAUCACCUCAACCAGCACCAACAUCACCGAACCCGGACAUGUCAACAGGAUCUUUUUAGACAGAGCCACCGGAUCCCUGGAACUCAGGAACCUGGUUCUGGAGGACAGCGGGGAGUACACAGUCACCAUCAUACCAGAUGGAGGGCUGCAGAAACAGGGCAAGAUUACACUCAAUGUGUUCGGUGAGUUUAUUAUAUACAGUCAUCACUUAGAAGGAAUCACUUGUCUGAUUGGACCAGUUGCAAUUAUUCUUGAAAUUUUUUUUUUAUUUAUAUAAAAUCUGGAAAACGACAAAAGGUUUUGCAAUAACCUGAGAGACACAAACUGUAACUGUGCAGAAAUCAACAUUUUACUGGGAUCUCACAUGUGCACAGCAUGUGUCCGUAUCAUAUUGUAUUGUAUUGUAUCGCGUUGUAUUGUAUCAUAUCAUAUUGUAUCGUAUCGUAUCGUAUCGUGUUGUAUUGUAUCGUAUCAUAUUGUAUUGUAUCGUAUUCUGUCCGUAUCGUAUCAUAUCGUAUCAUAUUUUAUUACGUUGUAUCGUAUUGUGUCAUAUCGUAUUGUGUUGUAUUGUAUCGUAUCAUAUUGUCUUGUAUCGUAUUGUGUCAUAUCGUAUUGUAUAGUAAUGUGUAGUCAGGUUUGACAUUGUAUGAUUUUAGCAUGAAUUUAAUCAUAACACAUCAAAUCCUGUCAUCUUGUCCAAUAUUCUAUUGAUAUGUUUUAAAUGGUUGCAUCAUAAACCAAAGUAUAUGAUUUUGGUAAGUAUCACAUUGGAUGUUAUAAUGUCAUUUGGUACAGUUAAUAGCCAUAACUAAAGCCCUUGGUUGAAGCCUGAUCUCUAACCUUGGGUGGACGCAUAUAAAUAUGAUAAGUAGUGUGUCCUGAUGUUGAUGUAAGCUCUGAUCUGCUGUUGUUAAAUUUCACAGGAAUCAUUUCAUUGGGUCCAAUAUACAUGAUAUUUUUAAAUCCUUUUACCUUUGUGUUUGAGUCUGCUGGGACUAAAUGCCAAUAGAUUUAGUUUUCCAUAUUCACAAAAGUAUCAGCAUACAAAUCCAAUCAAACUAACUGAAAUCACAAGCUGAAAAUAUGAGUUAUCAAAAACAUACAGUUAUUAUUAGCAGUGAUUUAUUAAACUGAUUUGAAUUAACUUGUAGGGCCAUUGUUGCUCAAUCUUUUAACAUUAAUGGAUAACUAGCCUGCAUGGAGAGGGGCUGCAUUGUCUCAGCAAAGUUUGAGUCAUCAAACAGUUUGUGUAUUUUGCUUCUUUGAUACCACAGUAACUACAAACUGGACUAAUACUCUUCAUUUUCUGACAGUUAUGAUAUCUGAAGUGACCAUCCGCAGUCCCACAGCUAUCUUGAUCGAGGACAGAAGCUCCACCAACCUCACCUGUGAGGCCUCCGGCACCAUCACCACCAGAGAGUGGAUGAAGGAUGGAUAUCCUCUCCAACAGAGUGACCGGGUUCAUCUCUCCUUGGACAACAGAACAGUGUUCAUACAACCUGUUCACAGCUCCAACCACGGCACCUUCCAGUGUCGAGUGAGCAACCCCGUCAGCUCCAUGACUGCGGCCCACAAUCUCACCGUCAACUGUGAGCCACAAACAGCUUUUUAUGAGUCAAUUUUAAAAAAGUGAUUCUUUUUUUUUAAUAUCUAGGGAAGGAAACAUUUCUUUCUUACUUCUAAGUCCUUUAUGAUAUUUUAUUUAUACAGUUGGACCACAUAACAUUUCAAUAUUGGAGCCGUCAGCAGCUGCACUGGGCCACAGAGUGUCCCUACAGUGCACAGCAGCUUCUGUCCCACCAGCAAACUUCAGCUGGAUGUUCAACGGCAAUGAAACACGUGUGGAAGAAUCAGAGUAUGUGAUAGAGAGGCUGGGGGAAGAUAGCAUCGGGAAUUACACCUGCACUGCCAGAAACAUGGUGACCCUGCAGGAAAACUCCACUGUUCUCUAUCUCAGAGGUAGGAUUUGCUGAAUGAGGCGCACAUGUAUGCAUUUAUCACUUGUUUCUUUUUUCAUUGCAAGAGGUGACUGGUGUUUUUAUAUUUCAUAAAGCAUCCAGCACUGCCCCCUGCUGGUCAUUUUCAGUGCUGCUGAUCUGUGCGCUGGCUGUUGGAGGGUUGAUGUAUGAAGAGGUAUCAGGUGAGAAUUAGUGCUUGCAAAAAUUAUGACUUUUAUCUCCUUUUACUUCUUCCCUUCUAUUAAAAACCUGAUUUUCUGUUUUUUUUUCUUAGACUCUUUUUACCGUGAGUCGAUUUGA